AUGAUGGGAUCGGCGGAGUCUGUGCCCGUGGAAAGUGGCAUGUGGUGUCUUUACUAGUCACUUACGCCUCUAAACUGCUCCACAGUGUAUACAGUGUCAGCUUUGUGCACUCACUCACUUCUCUGAGUGGAGUCACAGCCACGAGCCAACGCCAAGCUCUCAUUACAUUACAUUGACUUAGAUCAACUGUGUUUAAGACACAGCAGAGCAUCAACUGACAGCUGCUUGGUGUCGUGAGACCGACUGCAGUCAAUAGACUGGUUGGUUGUUGAGCAACAAAAUCGACGGGUGCUCAACUAUGGGGCAAAACAGACGGUGUUAGCUUAGAUUGUUGACAUGUAAACUAUAUUUAGUCUCCAAUGUUUAUUGAAAACAUACAUUUGCACAAUGAGCACUUGUUUUCUCUCAAAUAUAUAAUUACAGUUGUUGGUUAGCUAGCUAGCACAUUUUUUGCCAUAUUAGCAUUGACAUGAAAUCUGUCAACACUUCAAAACUAGACACGAUAUCAAGAACAAGAUGAAACAGAUCUGAAACCAGGCUAGAUGAAGGCUGAAGUUUGAAUAAGGUAGGGACUAGGUAGGAGGAAUGUUGAGCUCUCUCUUAGGCCAGUCACUGCUGUAGGAUCUUCAAGUGGAAUUCCCUGGGUCUUGCUCAAGUUCCAAAAUCCCAAGUUACUCUUGUCCAGCUUUGGCCCUGGGCCACUCCCCCUCCACUCCUCCCAGUCCUACUCCUGAAAGGAUGUCCCGCACUGGAAAGUCCUUGAUUUAUUUGGAAGGAAACGUGCAAACAGGGCCUUUAGCCAGGGAGCUAGCCUGUGACAUGGAAGUACCCACUAGAGGAGGAACAGGCCAGGGGAUGUGCUCCUGUUUUCAAGUGGUUUCCUCCAUAGGAACUUUACCCGCUCUGUACCCCCUGUUACCCAACUCAACUCUACAUGUCAGUCACUUUUUUUUUAACCCUUCAAUUAGAUUUUUUUAUUUAACCAGGUAAGCCAGUUGAGAACAAGUUCUCAUUUACAACUGCGACCUGGCCAAGAUAAAGCAAAGCAGUGCGGUAAAAACAACAACAACAACACAGUUACACAUUUGGUAAACAAAACAUACAAUCAAUAACACAAUAGAAAAUCUAUAUAUUAUGUUAAGGGUUAGUUUCUCUCAUUGGUCAUCAUUGAGAAAUAUGUCUGCUUUUCAAGGAACAUCCUGAAAUCUCCAUGGGAGCUUUGUCUUGUGAGAAAUAUUACCCACUAAAACUCAGUCUUGAUUUCUGAUAAUGGUAUCUCAUAUUAGGUCUGGGCGAUAUAUCGAAUUAAUUUGAAUUAAUGUUUUAGCGCAAUGUUCCAAAUGCCUGUAUGGCAAGAAUCAAGGUUUUUAUUUGUUUUCAUUUUUAUGUGGAUUUGUCUUUUUGGUCUCGUGUCCUUCGCUCCUUCAGUGCUGUGAGAACUAUGCACCUUCCCACUCGCACACAGACACCAUGCCCCUCCCCUGCCACUCACAACAACAACGACGAAAGAGCAUCUUCUUCCUCUCUGACAACAAGCAGUUUCAACUCUCUAUUUGCAUUUGAGAUUUGGUCCAACAUAUUCGGUCAUAUGGAAACCGAAACCUAUCAAGAUGUAAUUUUACUGUAAUAGAGGAGAACUUAACCUUUAAUAUGCCCUUUUUAUGUCUCAACUCCUAAAAUGUAGAACAGAGUAGGAACUACUAAAACGGGAGUGUCAAUGAACAUGAUUGUGGAAAAUAAUGCUCAGUUUGUCGCACGCAACAUUGUGGUACCGCUAGCAGCAUUUUAGACAGACUUAUGUGUUAACUGUCUAGUCUGUGUUUUAUAAAUGUGCAAUGAGCAUAAAAAGACACAUAUAAGGCAUUGGCAACUCGUUCUCAUUCAGAGAAACAAGCGUCUUCUUAUUCGGUUAGGCCACUUGAUCUAAACAAAGUGAACAGCCUAUGUUGUUCAAACAGUUGGAGACAGACAGGAGGGUGUAUUCAUAACAGUUCAACUGUUCUACCUUGUUAGCAAGCGAAUAGAUCCAAGUUGGCUAGACUUUAAAUAUAAAGUUUAACUGGCUGCUCACUAGCACAGGGGUAGGCAACCCUGGUCAUGCAGUGCCGCAGACGCUUCAUGUUUUUGAUUUAACAAACCUGGAAGACCAGGUGUGUUGAAUUUAGGCAAUUACUGAUCAAUUAGCUCAGUUGGUCAGGUGUGGUGCCUAGUUGGAACAAAAUCCGGCAGUACCUGCGGCACUCCGGCAACAGGGUUGCCUACCCCUGCACUAGCAGGUGGGCUUAUGCUUGAGAGAGUGUUUAUGAGACCUGUGUUCAUUUUCUAUAAUGCCUACUACCAGAAGUUGGUCAUUAUUGGUUGUUGUGCAUUGUUCUGGUAAAAUUUGCAACAAAAAGGGCAUUUUCAUAGACUUCAAAGCCAGAUCAGUUAUUGUUGCAAAAAAAACACUAAACUAUUUUGAUAAAGUAAUUAAAUUAGUGGGUCUUACUGUUGAAGGCUUAUAUUUAGCCUAGGUAUAAUUUUAACAAGCACUAAAUUCAUUAGAUUAUUCCCCACUGUUUGAAAUGCAGUGAAUUGAUCAUUAAUUGUGCAACAAAGCGUAUUUAGAGAGAAUUCAGAUAUAUAUUGUGAAUCGCCCAUAACUUUGAAAAAAACAAGAUAUACACUUCUCUUUCCAUGAUAUAGACUGAUCAGGUGAAUUCAGGUGAAAGCUAUGAUCCCUUAUUGAUGUCAAUUGUUAAAUCCACUUCAAUCAGUGUAGAUGAAGGGGAGGAGACAGGUUAAAUAAGCCUUGAGACAAUUGCGACAUGGAUUGUGUAUAUGUGCCAUUCAGAGGGUGAACGGGCAAGACAAGAUAUUUAACUGCCUUUGAACGGGGUAUGGUAGUAGGUGCCAGGCUCACCGGUUUGAGUGUGUCAAGAACUGCAACGCUACUGGGUUUUUCAUGCUCAACAGUUUGCUGUUUGUGUCAAGAAUGGUCCACCACCCAAAGGACAUCCGGCCAACUUGGCACAACUGUGGGAAGCAUUGGAGUCAACAUGGGCCAGCAUCCAUGUGGAACGCUUUCGACGCCUUGUAGAGUCCAUGCCCCGACGAAUUGAGGAAGGUGUUCCUAAUGUUUUGUACACUCAGUGUAUAUCGUGACUCCCCCAUUAGUUUUAAAAUAUCAAGAUAUGAUUUUUAAGCCAUCUCACCCAGCCCUACCUCAUAUUCCUCACUGCUUUUAUUAGAUGAGGCCAUUGAGAAAGGAAGUCUCAAGCUGUCGUGUGAAACAAAACCAGGCAAUCAGUUUGUGCUGACGUGACGGGCGGGUAAUGUUCAGUCCACCAUGGCAAUAGCUGGACUUCCUCUGGUCAACUGAUGUCCACUCACAAAUUAAGAUGUUUUGUCUUUUCCUUCCCCACAUCAUUUUCCCUGUAAAAAGAAACACGCCAGGAGGUUUUGCAGCUUUUGCUAUGUGUUGGCAGGCAGGCCAGAGCGAGUGUAUGGCCAUGAUUCGGUCUGGCGUGCUGCCCAGGCUCGCUCCCCUAUAAUCAUAUUACUGAUUCUGCCAAAGAGCCACAUCACAAUCUUUCAUUAAAAUCGCAUUAGCACAGACGUGAGGUCAUGCAGGAGGAACUUUUUCCAUCCAUCUCACUCUGUUGGAAUCAACAGGAGGUUCUCCUAUGAAACUGAUACCAGCAUAUAUUACCUGGGUUUGAUGCUAAGGAGUCCGUUUUUAUGGUGCAGGUGUUUCAGUUUGCUGGGGGCUCCACCCUCCUUCCCUUGGGUGGCUCUGAACACCUGUAACUUUAUGAACUGAUUUAAAACCAUUGUUUCAAAUGCCUGAGUCAAUGAAGGUUACCUUCAAGGUGUAACCAGACGGGCCAUAUCCGCCUGAAGCUACUCCCUAUGCUGAGGUCUAGAAAUGUGACCACAAGGACAGGGAUAUCUCACUCGGCCUAUGCGACUAAUUUGACCAGUCAGAGUGAAAGCUGGCGUUCUCACAGAUUAAGAACCUGUCGUAGUUGUCUAUUAUUGGAAGUACAGGGGCUGGGAGAUAAAAGUAACUCCAAGGAGAUCCUGGAAUUUUGGGGGAGAAAUAACUCACUGCUGACCUUUUUUUUAGACAUGUUUUGACGUUCAAGAACCCUAAGGGUAGAAAUGAGGUAAUGCUGCUGUUGUCAUGAAGAGUAAUACCAUGAAAGAUUGACAGGGUAAGAAAAAGAAAAAAACUCAACUCUGAACAAACUAGAGAGAGGGGAACGAGGGAGGCCUCCAGAGAGGGAAAUGGUGGGGCCUGUGAGUGGAACGGAGCAGAGCGGAGCGUGGAUUCUGACUGGAAAGAUGGGCGAGUGGAACAGGAAGGAUUGGGGAAAGGCAUGGCCGUGUAAACACAGUCCAUUGGCUCUAGUGAGGCCCUGGGCCCAGCAGCUCUCUCGCUCUUCCUGUUGAUGAAGGCUGACCCAAGUGGCACAUCAGAUAAGCUGGCUAACUCCUUGAUCCUGCUUUGUAGUAUACCCCUCUGUAGUAAUCAUAACAAACACCGUGCUCACAAUGAACACAGCGUGGACUUUGUUGAAAAUAUACAACUAAAUGUCAAUGAAUCUUCGACAGAAAAACUUCUGAUCCAAAUUUGUAUGGAUCGAUGGAGUAAGAUUAAUGUGUUGGCUGUUCUAGUUGCUAUUGUUGUUUGAUACUUUCUACCCAUAAGGGUAAAGGGGUUAGGCUUUACUGUGCCUACUACAAGGACUAGAUUAGUGGAGAGUUAUUUUUCAGUUGGUAGAGUUUAGAAAGUACAGUAGUUUUGAUUAGGCUGCAGCUACACAGUGGGCCAACCAUUACAGAUCCAAAACCUAGCCUACUUGGGAAUACCAUCUCAGGGAAUUCAGCUUUGCUGAGAAAAAUAUCAUGAAUACAUCUACUGUGUCUGUGAGGCAAAUGUAUUAAUGAUUCACCCGCCCUGCUACAGUCUGAGGUGAGGUCACUUCAACACUUCAAGCUGUUUUUCAGCUUCACAACCACCCUCCCCAGUCAGUCCUCCCUCAGAACAGCUGUGCCAUGGAGUGUGUCACAUUGGCAGUCCAGGAAACUUUAUAAAGGAUGCGUCAAAACACGCAUUAGUCCUACUAGCUUGGUGCUUGUCAUGGCUUCAUUGAAUUCACUAUGGGACUUUUCGGGUGUUUUUGUCCGGACUUGAACUAGCUUGGCGGUUGUAUUUCCGCUGCUGUACAAUAGUGUGGUACUGAAGGUCCAGCACAAACGUGUAACAGGUUGCAGUACGCUGCAGGGUGAGGUUGAAUUAAGCAUGAAUAAGCAGUGGGAUUAUGCUGAUGAAUGUCUAAGUGAGGCUAAGUGUGGGGCUGGGCGAUAUGGCCCAAAUAUCAUAUCACGGUAUUAAAAAACAUGUGGACGGUAUUUGAUCUUUUUGAAUAAUCAAAGUUCUAAAUUUGCGUUAUGAUUAGUGCGUGACCCUAGGGUGUCAACACAUACAUUCUAAGUGAUUUCAAUGGGUCUUUCUCCAUUCUGAUUGUUUUAUACUGUUCAAUUCAACUUCAACCAAAAAUACUUUUCAGCAUUUUUAUACAUUUCUGGAUUUCCUGCACUCAUUUGAGAUCAUUUCCACACUGCCAAGUAGGGCUGCACGAUAUGGGCAAACAAUCAAGGCCUUAUUUUUAACCAAAUGUUGGUUAGGGCGGGGCUAGGUCUGUGUGGUAACUGGCAUAGAGCGUGGAAAGGGAUGACUGAAGUAGCAAAGUCAACUAUAGAACUGGACUUUACACACGGCGUAUCACAUUUAACAGACUUAACAUUCAAAUACAGUUAUAGAAGGUUAAGUAAAAAACCCAAUCUGGUCCGUGCAUCAGUACCGGUAUAUGGUUAAAUACGGUAUAAAGCCCAGCUCUAGCUAAGUGUGAACACAAUCAUGCAGUCAUAGCACUUUGUUGGCAUAUUCUACAGCACUUAGGUUUAAAGAGGCUCUACUGUAGAUUAUUUCUUCCAUUGUGUAGUCUGGUCUAGUCCUCAUCUAGUGUAGGGCCACUUCUGUGCUCUCUUGACAACUACACCUAGAUUUGAAUAGCACAGCCUUUAAAGAGUACCCCCCCCCCCCCCCCCCCCCCGGCUUAAUAGGCACACACACACACACACACAGGGCAACAAGUGUUUGUCACAUCUCUCGCUUGGCCCCUUUUCACACGUUUUUCCUGUUAGAGGAAACUUGGCUUGCUAUAACAGAUGAACGUAAGGUCGUGGCAUCAUGACUCACACAGCCAAGCGGGGUCUCUGGUUUUUACACAGACAAGUGGUGGGGCUAAAAGUCAACAGUUCCCAGGUUUGAACUGAAAUGCCUUGCUUUAAAAGGCAGCAUGGCUAGGACCAGGAACAGGAUGUCUUUGCCUUGGGCUUUUGGUGGAAGUUCGGGUGUUUUUGGUAUUUGUUCUCUCACAGUAGGAUAUCCGUUAUCUCUGGGAUCGAAUAAAUGCAGACCUCUCGCCUGUCACAUUUGUUGUUGCUCCGCUGAUGAUAUCUCAUUGAUGUGUGCCUGCUGCUGCUCUGUGCAAUUGUCUUGUAGUUAUACAGCCGUGAUACGACCUAACAUAUGCGGUUGCCAGAUUUAGUUUUUUUCCCCCCUUUCGAGGAUUACAAAUGAUGUAAGAAUGCUAGGGUGAAGGGUGUUAUGUAAUGGUUGAGCUAGCUGCUUUCUUCACAGAGGCUCGUACCGUCCUAUCUCAGCUAGUACCCACCCCUCUGGGAGGGAAAGAGAGGAAUAUGGACAGAGGGAAGGAUGUAGUCAGUCAGUUACACCACUGUAGCUGUAACCAGAGUAGGAAUCAAUGGGAGGAACUCAAGGUGAGGACACACACCACACAUGAGGCUAAUCAAGCCAAUGUCAACUGAACUGUUGAAUUCCGAUGACAUCACCAUCCCAUGUGCAUUCUCUUACUUUGUACUGUGACCUUGAACCCUCCGCCUUCAUCAGAGAAAGAGAGGAGAGGAAACAGGACUUUCAUGGAACAGUCCACAUGGAAUGGAAAGGAACAGGCCUGAAAGAGAAGUGUGAGAAACCAGAAGGAUGACCAAGUUGCCAUUUAAGCACAGGGUUAUCUACAGUGCAUCCAUCCACAAAUCAAAUCAAAUCAAAUUGUAUUGGUCACAUGCGCCGAAUACAACAGGUGCAGACAUUACAGUGAUAUGCUUACUUACAGCCCUUAACCAACAGUGCAUUUAUUUUAAACAAAAAAAGUAAAAAUAAAACAACAACAACAACAACAAAAAGUGUUGAGGAAAAAAAAAGAGCAGAAGUAAAAUAAAGUGACAGUAGGGAGGCUAUAUAUACAGGGGGGUACCGUUGCAGAGUCAAUGUGCGGGGGCACCGGCUAGUUGAGGUAGUUGAGGUAAUAUGUACAUGUGGGUAGAGUUAAAGUGACUAUGCAUAAAUACUUAACAGAGUAGCAGCAGCGUAAAAAGGAUGGGGUGGGGGGGCAGUGCAAAUAGUCCGGGUAGCCAUGAUUAGCUGUUCAGGAGUCUUAUGGCUUGGGGGUAGAAGCUGUUGAGAAGUCUUUUGGACCUAGACUUGGCACUCCGGUACCGCUUGCCGUGCGGUAGCAGAGAGAACAGUCUAUGACUAGGGUGGCUGGAGUCUUUGACAAUUUUGAGGGCCUUCCUCUGACACCGCCUGGUAUAGAGGUCCUGGAUGGCAGGAAGCUUUGCCCCAGUGAUGUACUGGGCCGUACGCACUACCCUCUGUAGUGCCUUGCGGUCGGAGGCCAAGCAGUUGCCAUACCAGGCGGUGAUGCAACCAGUCAGGAUGCUCUCGAUGGUGCAGCUGUAGAAUUUUUUGAGGAUCUGAGGACCCAUGCCAAAUCUUUUUUGUCUCCUGAGGGGGAAUAGGCUUUGUCGUGCCCUCUUCACGACUGUCUUCGUGUGUUUGGACCAUGAUAGUUCGUUGGUGAUGUGGACACCAAGGAACUUGAAGCUCUCAACCUGUUCCACUACAGCCCCGUCGAUGAGAACACUACGCCCUUCCUUUGUUUCCUAAUAUACUUUAUGUCAUGAUAGUAUAACUUGAGAUCGAUAUCAUAUCUAGCGUUCAGUGUUGCCCACUUGACUCAUGUCUAGCUCCCUCCACAGAGUGUCUUCCUUCACUCAGCUGAGUACUUCAAGGCACUCCUCUCUUAUCUGUCGUUAAAGAAUGCAUCAUUUAUUUUACGGGUGUCCUUUGGACCUUUUAAAGGAAUGCUUUCAUGGGAAAGCGUGUGCUUGUCUGGGAUGUCAUACCGCAUUAUCCUAUAGCCUAUAAUGACAUAAAGGAAUUUAGUCUGUUCUGUGCUCUAAUCUCAACUCUGAAUCUGGCCUUUAAGUGAUUUCUCUCUGCUGAUGUGACGCUGCUGUAACAAAAUGGCGCCCCGACUUCACUACAGAUACAGUAUACGGUGUAGGCUGUAGAGACACUUCCUCAGGGUAUCGUGGCAUGUUGUCAAAACGUGUUUUCCUGCGUUAGUUAAACGUGUUGGGGAGGAGGGGUUCAUUCAGUUCAACUGUAUCCAGAAUGCAUAGUAGUUGUUUUUACACUAUAGAGUGAAACCUCAAGAUUAGUUGGAGAUAGGCUUAUUAUCUGGUAAGAGUUGCCACAUACAGAUAGUAGGCUACACAUAGGGUGUCGUAGUGUUUGAUUUGCUUCAGGUUGCACAAAUGAAGCACACCUUAAAACUGCAUCACCAUGGCAUUGACAUUUAGCCUAAGCCAGUUGAGCUAGCCAACCGGAGCUAAAGUACCUGGAGAAGCACCAUAAUAGUAGCUAACAACACAACGGGGAAAUACUGUAGCAAUACCAUGUUAAUGAGGUUUCUAUUGCAUAUGUCAAAAGGUAACAAGACACUGUGGCUCUGUUAAGUAGAAUAUCUCUUCAUAUAUCCCUGGGGCUGAGACAAACACUGGAUCAGCCUGCACUACAGACAGACACAGCGCUGAUGCCCGCUGUGGUACUGGCAGACUCUGAUCUAGCAACAGGUUAGUUAGGCUGUCUGGAUGGAAUGCCCUCGGUGGGAGCUGGGAGUGACUGAGGAUGAAAGCUGGUCAAACUAAUCAGUGGGAAACCUGAUUUUCUAGGUGGUAAUUUGGCUCAAUGAGAGUCUGAGAGAGGGAAGGACUGGCCAGAUUCAGAGGUCUGGAUCCCUCUCCAAGUGGUUUGGACUCACUCCGGAGUUCCACGGUCGAUACAAAGCGAAUUUCUAUGUUGGACAGCGGAUGUUUGCUUCCAAAAUAAUGACCUGGCUGACGUGUUGGCCAUACCUCUGUUUUGACAACACUGCUUGGAGGCUACUAACCCAUACUUUACUACCACAGUUCAUAUUUACAUCACUGGAACUACCACUCUACUGGAUGAUCAACUCCUUAGGGGAAACAAUCGUUAGUCUGUCUAGAAGGUGAUGUUCACUGUGGAAAGGAGACAUACAAGGAGCCUCCAGAUCUCAACAACAACUGACAUGAUAGGGGGGAACAUGAAGAGCUUUGACAUUACUGCAGUAAUGCCCAAUCCUUUGCUUUAUGGGGUACAGGUUCAGCAGCCAAUUGUUAUUUAGUCUUAACGAAUCUUAACUUUUUCGAGAUUUGAGCCUCUCAAAGUGUUAGACUACUUCAAGUGUCUUUCUUGGUUGGUGGGUUUUGUCUGCAACAGAUGAUAAACCUGUGCCCUGGUGUGUUUUAUAGCAGUUAGGCACAAGGCUGCAAAAAGCUGUGGUCAGAGCUCUUGUUGAGCCUUGUACCAGUCAGUCAGCCCGUCUGAGGAAGGAAGCACGCUGCUGCGGCUCACAUGCAAUAAUGUGUGAGAGGUCGUCUCCUCUCCCCCUGUGUAAUGUAGCCUAGUUGUAGUCACCCACUCCAAGAGGAGCUGUGACUCUUGUUACUCCAUAAACCACGGAGACAUCCCAAAAUACUGCCUCUGUCUGUCAUAUUCCUCCUGACCCCACUUCAGUGGUUAAAAGGUAAAACACUUGAAUGAACACCAUCACGAAGGGAAUUAGAGGGCCUUUGGCAUAGCAGGCUAGUGUCUAGGGAUGAUUAGACCUACUCAUAAAGCACCAUUAUGUUUCUCUCUACUCAAGUGUCUGUUGUCAAAGCAAGGCAUGGAUUGGGUCAAAUUUGAGACGUCUCUAAGCUUUUGAAUUAGGUCAGUCUAGGUGAGGUAUCUGACAUGGGCAAUUCCACAGUAACUGUGACGCUGAUAUAUAUAUAUAUAUAAUUUUUUUUUUUUUUUUCAGAGACUGAGAUUUUUCACUUUCAAAUGUAUGUCAAAUAAAAACCAGUGAUUUUGCGAAGUUAAACAAACCAUACAACUCUAUGCACAAGGAUUACUUUUAUCAAUUUCCACUGAAACUCCAAAAACACAUUUACUUGAACAGUGCAGAUGCAAAGUUUGAUAACAGAAUGACGGCACAAACUGUAAUUCUGUUACCAAGUUUUGCAUCUGCACCAGUUCAAGUACAUGUGUUCAAGGACUCAUUUCAUACUUCAGUUGUACUUUCCACUCAGAAUGCCUGUUUGUGAAUUCUCAUCUAUCAGCAGACUUCUCUGACUGAUGUGGAACUACUUUUCUCUGGUACUUUUCUGGAUGUAGCCAGCCUACUUUUCUCCGGUAAAUUUAAAGAUUAACUUUAAGCAAAACAUAGCUGGCUACAUUCUUUCUAUGAUAAACAUUAGAAAUAUGAUGGCCAUGCAUAGUUUAAGCUAAAAAAAUACCUUGCUUUUUCAUUGUAAGCUCAUUUACUUGUGGCUGCCAGCCAAAUAGCAUUGCACAUCUGUCAUCUGAUGAAAAUGAAGCUAUUUUCUGCCAAAUGUGUUUCACUAAUGUAUGUUCUGUGAAGGAAAACUAUAGUUGCACGUCCCUAUUCAACUGGGGGUACUGCAGGGGAUCUGCUAAUAUAAGUGGAAAUGUUUUUAUUUUAUUAUUUCAAUAUCUUUAUGAAUAUCGCUAGCAACAACAGAAUAUAUAUUUUAUUUUAUUAUAUACCUGCGGUACAAAAGAGGAGAAUAACGUCUUUCUAAUGAUGUCAACUUUAUUACGCCUAAUAUUGAGCAAAUUACACUCAUUUGGAGCCAAUUACACUCGCUGGAGUAUCUGAUAUAGGCUUUGAAAAAGCACCCGCAAAUAGGCUACCAGUGAGGCAAGUGCCACUGGCUGCUGGUAAGCUUUCUUGAAUUGGACAUACAUUUUUGCCAACACAUGGCUAACGUUUGUUUAAACAGGUGCUCUUAGCGAAAAUGUAUUUGGAGUUACCCUUCUAGCUAAUAGGCUAUGUUAGUUUACUCCUCUAAUUAUAAUGUAGGGAGGUCAAAAUAAUGAAAAACCAUCUACUAAAUCUAUUCACUUUAAAAUCUCCUUGCCAUUAUCAUUCACCUGAUGAUAUUGAUAAGACGUUAUUUAAUUUUUUUUAUUUGCUAAUGUAUGAUGGAGGUCGCUGGUUUGCCUGGAUGGGGUCCCUGGGCAGGAUUGUUUAAGACCCCUAUCUUAUUGCUAAUCUGUCAUGGUUUGAUAACAGCUCAGGAGUGCGUUGGCUUGUACUUUACUUUCUGCAUAUUUCCAUGCGCCGUCAUCACUGCUGAACUUCAAUACUUUCAUAUCUAAGAACGACCAUUACAUUACAUUACAUUAACCUCACCAGUUAAAAAAAGGAAAGAUGCCAUCUUCCUGCAGGUGCUUUUUGAAGCAGGCCUAACUCAAAGAGCAAGCACUCGUAAACUAUGCUCCGGCUGCUACAGAGAGCAGAAUGCAACAGUGUUUCCUUUAACUUGGACAACAAACUUACCAAGGUCUUAGCACUACGUAAAAAUUGUUUCCAAAUGUGUGGAAAGGUGUAAAAAUUGAUUUACACAUGAGUCAAAACUGAGUAGUUGGGUUUCAGAAUGUAUCAGUGGCCGUGUUCAAGAGUAUCAAAUCACGACGCAUUGUGGGUAUAUUGUGAAUGCCUGACUGAUCUACAAAUAAUAAUGAGUAGGCUAGUUAGUUAUGAUGCAAGGUGAUUUGUAGAUCAGUCAGUCGGCAGUAAUGUCAAACAAGCCCAAUCAUACAGUGGAUUUGCCAGCCUACAUUUCCUUGUUGUGUCUAAGGUCCUCACAUAUCAGAGAUCAGUUUGGGGAGUUUACUUGCCUAUUGAUUGAUGAAACAAACACAGGCUUGGGAUCAGUCAGGCAGAGGUUAGGGCUAGGCACUUUAUGCCAGGCAUUGUGCAGAGCUCACAUGAUUAAGCUUUGGGCCUCGUCGUUAUAAUCCACACACGCACACACUUUUUUUUUUUUUAGGGGCGAGAUGCCAGGGGUAAUGCUGUAGAGGAAUUGGUUGACAUGGCCCACAUUUGUAAAAAAAUAAAUAUUAGAGAAAGCCAGGGGAGCAGACUGUUGAAAUGAGGAGGAUAGGCUGCGACUUUUUAAUGUGGCAAUUCUAUGAAAUUCUCAUAGGGCGGCGCACAAUUGGCCUAGCGUCGUACAAUUGGCCUAGCGUCGUCCCGGUUAGGGGAGGGUUUGGCCGGGGGGCUUUCCUUGGCUCAUCGCGCUUUAGCGACUCCUUGUGGACGGCCGGGCGCCUGCAAGCGGACUUCGGUCGUCAAUUGAACGGUGUUUCGUCAAUUACAUUGGUGCGGCUGGCUUCCGGGUUAAGCGAGCAGUGUGUUAAGAAGCAGCGCGGCUUGGCGAGUCAUGUUUCGGAGGACGCAUGAUUCGACCUUCGCCUCUCCCGAGCCCAUUCGGGAGUUGCAUAAAUAAAUAACAAUUUAAAAAAUCAUGUAAACAAACAUUUUGUUUUUUGGUCUAAAUUUAAGGUUAGGGUUAGCAGUGUGGUUAGGUCUAGGGUUAAAAUCAGAUUUUAGGACUUUGUGGCUGUGCUAGCUAGUGACCACUCUGCAGAGCUGCCUCCAGAACAAGAUUCAUGACGAAAAACGCUAACCUGCUGGUAAUAUAACUGUCACAAUAAAAACACAGGCUUCCUACCUCCAUUGUCAACAAGCCCAGUCAGUGAGAAUCUGAGAGCCUCUGUAUUCAAAACUCCCAGCUGAUCCUCCUCAUAGAGGCCCAUCCAGCUGCCAAAGCUAAUGGUACUGCUCCUCUGGAUACCAGUCAUAACUCCAGUCUUAAAAAUACCCUGUUACAUUCUCCCAUGCUGUCCUUGUGGGACUGUCAUCAGCCUGAGAUCCACACCGCUGGGAAUAUCUGUGUACACUGUUUAGAACUGAGAGGGCUCAGCUUGCAUCCCAGCCUGGAAAACAAACGGCGUGAAGUUCACUAUGGUGCGACGUUUGGGUUCCAGGCUAGGCUACACCCGACUGUUGUUUAGCCUGUUGGGCCUCUCUUCUCCUCCUCACAACAUGGUUAGGCCAGCGCAUAGCCUAAACUAUUAUAGAAAUACAUUGGUUGUUAUGACUGUUUUCUCACACAAGCAGGUCAAGGGCAAAUGUUAGCCUAUGUAGGCCAAUAUAUGUUUGAAAAUCCUUUUUAACUCAAAGUUGCCACAUUAUUAACCCUUGUGCCAAUACCCCCAUAGAUAAACUAGGCCUAUAUAGGCUAAUUUCUAUGGGGUCAUAUGUUUAAUGUAUUGCUAAAAUGUAAACACCUGCCACCAUCAAUGGACCAAUAGGCAUUGUCUCUUCCCUCCUGUGAAUAGAGUGGUGCUUUAUAACCUAUACAGGGACAGGAUGCUACAGUCUGCUGGCAGCAGAGGCAACAGGAAGUUUGCAGAUGGGGUUAACCACUAGGCUAGGUCCCUAUGUAUUUUAAGAUAUAACCUGCAUGUCAGCCAGGCCUUGAUUAAAUGACUGUUCUGUUUUUUCUUUCAGUCUUUGGCGGCAGGUAGCUUAGUGGUUAAGAGCGUUGUGCCAGGAACCGAAAGGUCGCUGGUUCUAAUCCCCGAGCCGACUAGGUGAAAAAUCUGUCGAUGUGCCCUUGAGCAAGGCACUUAACCCUAAUUGCUCCUGUAAGUCGCUCUGGAUAAGAGCGUCUGCUAAAUGACCAAUUAUUUAUAUUAUUUAUUAUUCUUGAGUUAUUUGUGCUAUGGUCCAAUUCAAAUGUGAUUGAAUAUCUAUCAAGCUAGUACAUCCACUAAUAAAAAAAUAAAAAUAAACGUUUUGAUACAAGCCUGUAAAUAGGAAGCACAUGUGACCGCAGUGGAUCUGAUGCCGAAAUAUGGUCGUCAAGGGAAGGUCGCAUCCGAAAUCACAUCUAUCCAUAGGAUUGUUUUUUAAAUUAUUACAUUUUUGUUUUCAGAGCUUGCGUUGGCCCAGCGCAAGUUUGCCCAUUCCCUGGGAGAGUUCCAGUUUGAGUACAUCGGAGAUGCAAAAACGGACGAUGAGAGGUGUAUUGGUGAGUGUGGUGCUGUUACGACCUACAGCUGGCUGGUUCUGCCAGCGGAACCACAGACUGAAAACGUCUGUUUUUGGUUCUGUGUCUACCACCAAAUUAAAGUGCUUGCAUGUGUAAUUUCCCAAACCCUUGGCUUCUUUAGAGAGAUGGAAACACCAGUACUUAUGUCUCUCUCUCUUUCUCUGUGUGUGGUCUUAUGUUUAUGUGUGUUGGUGUGUCCUGUCUCUUGUCUCGUCUCCUGUUUGGUGUGUGUUUCAAAUCAUAUUUUAUUGGUCACACACAUAUUUAGCAGAUGUUAUUGUGGGUGUAGCGAAAUGCUUGUGUUCCUAGCUCCAACAGUGCAGUAGUAUCUUAACAAUUCACAACAAUACACAAAUCUAAAAGUAAAGUAAUGAAAUUAAGAAAUAUAUCAAUAUUAGGACGAGCAAUGUCGGAGUGGCAUUGACUAAAUACAGUAGAAUAGAAUACAGUAUAUACAUAUGAGAUAAGUAAAGCAGUAUGUAAACAUUAUUAAAGUGACUAGUGUUCCAUUAUUAAAGUGUGUGUGUUUCUCUGUGUCUUGCAGAUGAAUCCUUGCAGGAGUUUUCCAACUUCCUUAAGAACCUGGAAGACCAAAGAGAGCUGAUGGUAAGCAGUAACCAGUCGAGACCUGCUUUAAAAGCCAGGGGAAAUACCUCUGUCUGUCUGUUUGCGUGUGUGUAACGAAUGUGUGCUCUGUGUGUGAGUAAAUUACAGUUCCUCAGUGGGUGGAGGGUUGAGUAAUGCCUCUGUGUUGUAACACCAGGGUCAUGUUCAUUACGGCACACCGUAGUAAAAUGUAUUGGAAAAGAAAACAACAAUUUGUUUCUUAUUAGAAGUCUGGGUAGUCCCUCCUUGUUUUCUUUUGAUUGGUGCCUAAUGAACAUGACCCAGAGGAGAGGCCACCUUCACUGCACCUGUCCAAGGGUCACUGUCUGUCCUGUCCUGUCCCCACCUCUCCUCUGCAGGCGGUGGGACAGAGGAGUGGAUCUGCUCCAUUAAACACAACCUCAGAAGACAUGGCAUACCAGAGUCAAUGGGGUCAUUCAACACUCACUGCAAUGUGUAGUGCUAUACUAGUACACUACUGUGACACACACCUGCUUACUGCUGUCUUAAACUGCAGAUGUUUAAGUUACAAAUGCUAUAGAAUAUAGAGGAAAGUUACACCUGAACUGAAUGUUGUAAAUGUAGCCUGUUAGGGUUUUCUACCCAUGCAGAAAAUACUUGGUGUGUGUCCUAAAUGACACCCUAUUCCCUAUCUGGGCUCUGGUCAAAAGUAGUGCACUACAUAAGGAAUAGGGUGCCAUUUGGGAUGCAGUCUGGGGUAACCCUGGAGUUACGCAAUCAACCCAGCCUCUCGUGUUGAGUCACGUUGUUUGUCCGUCUUCAGAGCAGCGUUCUGUGUGUCAGCAGAUGGGCGUCUCCGUUUCACAGAAGAAUCUCUCUCCAGGCUCCUGGCUCUAUUGUCCCUAUUCCUCCAUACCUUUAUUUACUGUAGGUGUUGCUGAGUCGAGGUUUUAAUCAAGGGCUAGGCUAUGUCUUGUGAUCUCUUUGUGACUCAUUCAACACAGAUAAUGUAGUGUUAUUUCUAUUCUCCUGUAAUGCAGCCUAUGGCUUGUUCUGGGAGUUCUAAGGACUCGAACACACCAAUAGGGUUUGCCUGCCGUGAGUACUUGCGAUCCGAGUGCAAACCGACUUUACAUGUAGAGUCGCACAACAGCGCCCUGAACGAUCAGUAGACGAAUGGGAGAUCCACCUUCGGUGCAAUGUGUGCGACCCUUAAGAUAUGGUAGCUAUCUACAGAUGGACUCCCGAGUGGCGCAGCGGUCUAAGGCACUGCUUCUCAGUGCUUGAGGCGUCACUACAGACCCCCUGGUUCGAUUCCAGGCUGUAUCACAACCAGCUGUGAUUGGGAGUCCCAUAGUGCGGCGCACAAUUGGCCCAGUGUCGUCCGGGUUUGGCCGGUGUAGGCCGUCAUUGUAAAUAAGAAUUUGUUCUUAACUGACUUGCCUAGUUAAAUAAAGGUUAAAUAUAUAUAUGGCAUUAAACACACUUCCAUUCUAUUGUUUUACUUCCCUGACCCCUUGCAUUCAGAAUAGUGUAUGUUCUGAAUGUUUACAAUACAUGUUAUGUGUGUUUGCGCUAUAGAUAGGGUCUAUCGUUGCCAUGUAAACGUCUCUACCAGGGCCUGGUUCAGCUCCAGCAACGCACUGCAGUAUGGGAUGACAUCACAGCCCACAGCAGAGGACUGUGGGGUGGGCAGGCAGACACUGACAUCCCCUGGAAUCAACCCAGGGCAAUUCCACGGUAACGGAAUUGCGCUGAGACUAAGAUUUUUCACUUAAAAUGUAUACCAAACGUGAUUUCAAAGUUUAACAAACCAUACGACUACUUUUAACAAUCGACACUGAACAUUUUACAAAAACACAUUUACUGGAAGAACUGUGCAGAUGCAAAGUUUGGUCAAAUCUCUGUCAGUUCUUUGGGUCCACGUUUUCCAAAAACUCUUAAAUAUCUGCUCCAAAUUAAGAUUCAAUUAUGUUAGCCAAAAUAAUGGGGUGUCAGCUAUGACAUGACACAUUGACUUUGAAAAAAUGGCCUCCCGAGUGGCGCAGCAGUCUAAGGCACUGCAUCGAUCCCGGGCUGUGUCACAGCCGGCCGCGACCGGGAGACCCAUGAGGCGGCGCACAAUUGGCCCAGCGUCGUCCGGGUUAGGGGAGGGUCCCAUCGCGCUCUAGCGACUCCUUGUGGGGAGCCGGGCGCAUGCAAGCUGACUUCGGUCGCCAGUUGGACGGUGUUUCCGCCGACACAUUGGUGUGGCUGGCUUCCGGGUUAAGAGCGCAGUGUGUCAAGAAGCAGUGCGGCUUGGCAGGGUCGUGUUUCGGAGGACGUAUUGCUCUUGACCUUCGCCUUUCCCGAGUCCGUACGGGGGUUGCAGCGAUGGGACGAGACUGUAACUACAAAUUGGAUAUCACGAAAUUGGGGAGAAAAAUUACUUUGAAAAUAUCUAUUUUGGUUAUUGAACUACAGUAAGUGAAGUGGAUUUACACUAGUGGAAUUGCGGUAACGGAAUGUCAUCAUAGGUCCCUGAUCUGUGCUACACAGAAAUGCAUCAUUAUGGAUAUGAAUGCCAUUCUCUUCAUGGGGAUGUAUCCUAAUUAGGUACACAAAGGUAGAAAUAUGGAAUAUUCUCAUUUGGGUAUUUUUCUACAUAGCCUACCUUUAAUGAGCUCUGCCCCCAAACAAGACCAAAUUUGGGUGGUCCGAACCAAUCAACAGUUUCUUUUUUGUAUCAAGAAUGGUCCACCAUCCAAAGGACAUCCAACCAACUUGAAACAACUGCAAGAAACAUUGGAGUCAACAUGGACCAGCAUCCCUACGGAACGCUUUUGACACCUUGUAGAGUCCAUGCCCCGACAAAUUGAGGCUGUUCUGAGGGCAAAAGGGGUGAAACUCAAUAUUAGGAACGUGUUUUGUACACUCAGUAUACUACAGUAGAGUUCUGUAAGUAGAGUAGUGUACAUUAUAGUGUACUCAGCUCUAGUGUUCUCUACUGUGUACUGUACUGAACUCAACUGUGCUGUCCAAACUUGUGAACCCAACUCUGAUUUGUGACUACUAUGAUUUCCCAUUUUAGCCAAUUCAAUUGCAGAAACUCUGUUACCGAUUUGGUAAUGGAAUUUCUAGUUUUAAUCACUUCAUAAUUCAUAAACAAUUUAUAUUAAUUCAUUGGUAGGUCUACAUUUACUUAUGACUUUUGUGAACUUUAAUUAUCCUCCCUCAUGAGGGAGAGAAAUUAGAAAAUAUCUUAAAGAUAUGUGAGUUUUUGGUAACGGAAUUUCAAGUCACAAGGCAAUGUUUCUUAAACUUCCAGAAGACAGAAAUCUUUCUCCAAUACUAAAUACAAGUGUUGAUAUUAGUUGGCAGAGGUCUUUAUUUCAACAUUCAUUGUGUUUUGAUGCAUUUCUAAUACCUUUUAAGAACCAGAAAUCAAAGCCUUUGCUUAUUCCACAUUUUUAGGAUGGAAAAUGGUUGAUAAAUGUAUAUGCCUUGAUACAAAAUAAAGACUUCUAGCUUUUAAUUUGACACCCAGUUUGACAUGCUCCUAUGAACUUCACAUGUUGGUGGCCAUGGGUCCUUCUACAUUGAAAUGACCCCCAGAAACAGGACCUUUAGCAGAGAGCGAGAGGGAGAUAUGAUUCAGAUAGAGAUGGAGAGAUGGAUCAUUUAUAAAAGAGAGGAAGGAAGAGAUUGAGAUAUGGCAGGGAGGGUGAUCAAUAGGACAGAGACAUUGAUUUCCAGCUUUCAUGUGACGGUGGGACUAGUGUACUUGAAUGUGUUGUGGAUGCUUGCAAGAAGUUAUACAAAAACAUAGGCAAUUGUCACUGACUUUAUGCUGUCAUUAACCCACUGCAAGUAUUGUGACCUUUGGCCUUCCAUUGGAAUGUGAUGUUAUGUCAAAGGUCAAAUCGGGGGGGGGGGGGGGGGGGGGUGCUUGUAUUUGUCCUGUUUCACUAACCGCUAGGCUACCUGCCGCCUCUUAGGCUGGGUUUACACUCAAGCUUUCCUCUUGGCAAUACGUCACUGAUGCUUCCGUAAAGUUACAAAUUCUGGCAUGCACUGAAAUCUCAAUGCUGAGCCCCGUGCGGGCAUGGUAGUGAGGUCAGGUCACAAAACAGUUGUGGAGCCUCUACAGAGAAUGCCUAGUGGAGUGUAAGACCAGCCUAAUACUGUACCUGUGAAUGAAUUAAACACUUUUGUGGAAUGUCCUAAUAUGGUCAUGUCUGUUUUAUUAUCUCUUGGUCUCUUAGAUGAGGAACAUUACAGAAACGUUAAUGAAACCGCUGGAGAAGUUCAGAAAAGAGCAACUGGGCUCAGCGAAGGUACUCUAUCAUACGGCUUGACACUGCUAUGCAGUCUGCUUGUUAAUGAUCUCAUACAAGCGCAAUCCUGUGUGCUCUGAACACUGCUAUAAAGUAAUACCCUUUUCACAAUACCGAGCCAAACCAAGCUGUACUGCACUGGCCCGGUUGUGCAUCCACUGUAGUUGCAGAAACCAUGCUUGAAAGGGGAAUGUGAAAAGAAAAGAUCAGAGCCAGACAAGUUUUGGGUCGGCACGGUAAUGUGAAAAGGGUAGUACACAGUGUCUUUUAUCAAAAUACCUGUCUAGAGACAGACAGUUCCAACUCCCUUUUUUUUUUAUUGGAAUUGAAAUGUGUACCUCUUGAUAUCACGCUCCGAACAUUCCUUUGGUCAGUGAGACUAAUGCAAUAUUACAAUUACAUUUGUUGUUCUUCUCACUUCUCUUAUCUCUCUCUCUCUUACCAUGCCCUUUCUCAUACGGUUCCUCUACUCUGCCCUUUUAAGGAGGAAAGGAAGAAGUAUGAGAAGGAAACUGAGAAGUACUACAGCUCCUUGGAAAAGCUUUUGAACAUGUCAGCAAAGAAAAAGGAACCGCAGCUACAGGAGGUACUUUUUUUUUUUUUUUUUUUUACUCUCUCUCUCGCGUGCAUAUUUAUGGAAAGUGGAAAACAGGCCGAAAACACGGGCCCCAACAUCUUCCCAACCCCAAAAUGGCUGGAAAUGAUAUUUGCUUAGUGAGAAGUUCCUGAAUCCUGACCCAUAGGAUACCUCCCAAAUUGCACCCUAUUCCCUAUAUAGUGCACUACUUUUGACCAGAGCCAUAUAGGGAAUAGGGUGCUAUUUGGAAUACACACGUAGUCUUCUUGGCUGUUCUCUGUAGCGCUGUGGCGCUGAACUGUACUGAAGUGUGUGGAGCGGUGUGUGUCCACAGGUUAGAGUACGGAGUGAGUUUCUCUUGCAUGCUCGGAAAGGGAAGUCAUGUUCAGUGUUUAUGUACCAGCCACCAAGGUCGUACCUUUGAGGCAGUAGCUUUUUGAGCGCCUCAAGACAUCCUGAGAUUGCAGAUACAGUAUCAAGCUUUACAGACCCAGUGUGGAUUAUAUUGGGGUUGGUAAUGGAAAAAUAAACCCUUUUGGUUAUCAAGAAAAAGUUUAUAUGUAUUUCACUGUGAAGGCUUGUGGGAGCUAUCCUUUGUAUAAAGAUAUACCAAACUGACCAUAUAGUACCUUAGAGACAUGCAGUCUGGUACUGUAUAUAUGACAUCUAGCUAGUAUGUAAUAUAAACAAAACUCCCCUCACUUAACAAUGCAUUCUGUAUCCUAUAGGUUGCCCUUGUGUGAACAUAACCAUUGAAGGCGUAGCCACCAUGUUUUGUAUGCAUGUUGUUUAUCCCUCUUUGUUUAUGUAGCGGCCCGUUCUGUUCUUCCCUCACGGACUCUUGUGAGGCAAGUCCAGUAGUGUAUUCGGUGAGAUGAAACUUUCUGAACAUUGCGGAUAGAAAUGUAACGAAUAGAGCUGACACUUCCAAAUGAUACCGAGAGCCAAUCAUAUCAGUUCUAUGCAUUACAUUUCUAUCUGAACAUUCUGUAUUGUGAUGCACUGUGGAACAGACCCCAGGGUUCCGUGUUUGGAACAGAGAUUGUUAUCAGGGAAGAGUAGAAUAAAUAGUUGUGUGGUUCACAGCCUCGUGGCCGCGAGGCACUAUCUGAACUCCCUCAACUAAUCUGAUGUCAUUCUGUACACUCGUCAUGUGACGGCCCCGAGGCACCGACCCGACCUAUGGCACUAAUGGAAAAUCUACCAGCCACUAAUGGGAAAAAACUGAUGCACUAGAUUGAACACAAUAACAUAUUGAACACAAUACUGUAGUGGUAAAUAACAAAUUGAACACUGAUGAUGUAAAGAUCCAGUCAACAAACCAUGUAGCCUAAUCAAUUAGCUUAUCAGUCAACCAAACGAUAAACUCACCAGUUGAUUGGUCACUUUUUUGGGGCUGUCAUACACCACGUAGGUCAUCAGUGUCUUAGCCCUUCAAACUCUUUAUCAGAAGUUAUCAACAAAAGAGGACUAAUUUCUCAUAGCUUGUCCUUUCUCUGUCUGGGACUCUGUCUGCAUCCAGUACAACUGAAGCUAGGCCGUGAGCUCCAUCUGUCCGUAGAGACCUGACUGCACUGUAUAAUAACGCUGACACUCAUUCUCUCGCUUUCUCUCCUCUCUCUGUCUGUCUGUCUCUCUCUCCUCUGUUCUGCAGGCGGACAACCUGGUGGAGACCAUGAGACAGCACUUUCAGGAGGAGUCUCUGGAUUACGUGUGUAAACUACAGGAGAUCCAGGAGAGGAAGAAGUUUGACUGUGUGGAGCCAGUGAGUGUUCGAAAAAAUACAAAUCACACACUAUACACUGAGUGGACAGAACAUUAAGGACACCUUCCUAAUAUUGAGUUGCACCCCCCACGGUUGUGUCAAGUUGGCUGGUGUCCUUUGGGUGGUGGGACCAUUUUUGAUACACGCAGGAAACUGUUGAGCAUGAAAAACCCAUCAGCGUUGUAGUUCUUGACACAAACCGGUGCACUUGGCACCUACUACCAUAGGCACUUAAACAUUUUGUCUUGCCCAUUCACCCUCUGAAUGUCACACAUACACAAUCCAUGUCUCGGGGCUUAAAAAUCCUUAUUUAACCUGUCUCUUCCCCUUCAUCUACACCGAUUUGAAGUGGAUUUAAUAAGGGAUCAUAGCUUUCAGCUGGACUCACCUGGUCAGUGUCAUGUUCUUAAUGUUUUGUACACUCAGUGUAUAUGUUAUACUCCAAAAUGUUUAAUGUGUAUGACGAGUUUUGCAUCAUAUUACUUUUGGAGCCAGUGAGUGAACUAACCGCUGGCCAGUGCACUUUUAGUACUUGCCUGGUCAGCAGUUGUCAUUUACAGUGCUCAUUAACUUACAGUGCACAUAGCAAAGUAGUGUACACUAUAGUUAGUGUUUAUAUAGGUUCCCUAGUUGUCAAAUUAAGUGUGUUUAUAAACCAGCUCUGAAAGUGCGUGUCUGCCCAAAUCCCCCCCCCCUCAAAAAAAAUGUCAUUCUUGUUGAUGUCAACUGAUUUUCAAAUUGUCUUCAUUCCACGUAAACCCCUGAGAAAUUCCUGGCAAAAGUGUAGACGGCCCCAGGUUAUAAUGCAUUAAAAGGAUCAUUCAUUCAUACACUCUUCAUUGUAUCCCAUGUUUUCUUUCUCUCCCCAGAUGCUGGCGUUCUUUCAGACAGUGUUCACCUUCUACCACCAGGGCUAUGAGCUGGCCAAUGACUUUAACCACUACAAGAAAGCCUUACAGAUCAAUAUACAAAAUGUGAGACACUAGUCCUCAUCCGUUUCUUAUUAGAUGUAUAUUUAAAGAUGGAAUCGGCAUUAGGGGAAACGGCGCUACUGUCUGCCCCCAGCACCUUUUGUUAUUGUUGUUCUGUGGACAGAACGGAGGUGAAGUGCGUUCGAGCAGUGUGGUAAAAACAUUUUUGCAAUGCAUAUUCUGCUGUUCUAUCGAGCGUGCAAUGAUGUCCGAGGGGAAAAAGUGUUUGUUUGCAGUAACUUCUUUGUUGUUGUAAUAUCCCAAAUGGACAUGGCUGUUUUCACCAUUAAGGAUUCCAGUUUUAACUACAUAGUACAAUGAUGUCAGUAUAUGAAACAAAGUGGUGUAAAUGUAGUGAUAUGAGGUAGGUAGGUGGCAGGUAGCCUAGAGGUUAAGAUUAUUGGGGCAGUAACUGAAAGGUCGCUGGUUCGAAUCCCCGAGCCGACUAGGUGACAAAUCUGUCGGUGUCCGUGAGCAAGGCACUUCACCUUAAUUGCUCCUGUAAAUCGCUCUGGAUUAAAGCUUCUGCUAAAUGACUAAAAUGUAAAUGAGGUGAUCAUUUCCAUCAAUUUUAGGAUUGUAAAAAAGUGUUGGUCCCAGAGGUACUUGUCUUGUAUGCACAGUAUUGCUGUAAAUACUAUAGAUUACACACUCAUCACAAACACUGUACAUACACCCCACGUUACCCAUAUGUUAUACAUAUCAUACGCAUACAUUUGAAUGUCUGCUCGGAAUAUCCAUAAUAUUUAAAAUAAUGAAGGACUACUUCUAGUGGGACUUUCCCUAGGUGCUUUCAUUUUUGACUCACUCACUCACUCUAUUGUUAAUUGUGUUUGGGUUAGUCUUAGUGUUUUGAUUAUUUUCAUUGACCCCAAGCAUUCACUUUUACCCACUCUGGGAUGUCGGGGGAUUUUCCAAAGGGAAGCUCUGCAGGUUUUCUUUUCCAGUGGCUUGCAUUGUGUGAUUGACCCCUGCAUGACCAUUUAGCCAGGGUCACAAGGGGUGACUUCCUUCCUUGGGUGUGUCUCCCCCUUAGUCAAAAUGUACUAUAUUGUGAAACUUGAUGAAAACCUAAAUUAACCUUCAUUUAAGGUUAGGGUUCAGCAUACGAUUAGGGGAAUAGACAAGGUUGAGGUUAGUUUUAAAAUCAGAUUGGAGAGAAGUUACCGUACCUCCAACUUUGCAGCUUGGCCCGAUAGUAACAAGCCACUCCCUCUCUUCCCCAUAUAGACGCGGAGUCGGUUUGAGGGCACGCGGGUGGAGGUGUUUGAGCUGAUGAAGAGGAUAAGGGAGGUUCCCCAGGAGUACAGACAGACCAGCCCCAUCAGCAGCGAAGGAUACCUCUACGUCCAGGAGAAACGUAAGGAUAGAGGAACGACGUGUGUGUGCAAAUGUGCAUGUCCAUGAGAGGCAGUUAAACUGAUGACGAGGUGUUACAAUGAAAUGUGUGUUCUCGUCCCCAGGGCCCCCUCCUUUUGGUUCCAGUUGGGUGAAGCGUUACUGCACGUUUGUAAAGGAACAGAAAAUCCUACAUAUGGUCACCUUUGACCACAGGUCCGGAGGAAAGAUUGUGAGUCGUGGCACACACAGUCAAAGACAGGUUUUUGGAAGCUAUACAGACUAUGGUGCAAGCAGCACAUCAAAUUAUUGGUUAUUCAAUGUGUGUAUCUGUCCCUAUUCAAAUACAUUUGUCAAAUCAACAAUUACUAUUGAAACCCGCAUUAAAACAGUGCAGUCUGUAGUCCUCCUAGGUUAAGACUGAUGAUUUAUAAGGAACAACUGUCUCUUUCUUGCCAUCAGAACAGGCUCUCUGAACAGUGAUUCUCUCCCUCAGGGCGAGACUGAAUCGGUCACCCUCAAGUCUUGCGUCCGCAAAACCACAGACAUGCUGGACAGGCGGUUCUGUCUCGAUAUAGAAAUCACAGACCGGUAUGUUGUCGCGUCGCACUACACCCAUUACGUUACUCAAUCACUUUAGUCAUCAACAUGAGUUCUCUGUGGUAAUACUGAAACGUUCCACAACCACCUGUUAAAGUAUCUUGUGUCAUCUAGGAAAUAAGGGGGAUUUUAGAGGGAUUCCCCUCAACAUCACCAGACCAGGGGGGUCGGUCAGUACCAUCUAGGGGGACGAGGUCUAUGGAAAAUGUGUGAUUUGCCACACUUGUAGCUUAUUCAUGCAAUGUUUGCAACCUUCCCAAAUACACAGUAACACUCCCCAUGAACAGUUCUGCUUGAAGCCUUCGCUCCACACAGGUCCUGUGUACAGUAGAGCUUAGCGAGCUCAACAGGGUUGGGUUGGAGAGGAUUUGUCAUGGAAGAUGGCCCCUCCACAUAGCUGAGAGGAUUGUCUAUGCUCUGCUACGCUUUGCUGUAAUAGAUAUAUCUCUUUAUGUCACUCCACUGAACCAAACUGCUAUUCAGUCUGGGGUAUUAUUAGCAACCACAACCCCCCCAGGCUUAGAGGGUUUGAAAUUUGAGUUGCGCCUACAUGUGUAAGGUAACAGGUUUGCUUGUCAGCCUACAGAUGUAAGAUAUAUGGUACCUGAAUGCAACAGGUUAGGGUUAGCCUGAUGUGGUAGCCUAUUAUAAAGAGUGGGGUUAAUGAUGCUCAGGUAUUCCUGUAUUUUUGCUAUUUGAGAGCCCAGCCCCUCUGGCACAUUUAGGACAGACUCUAGAUCAGUCUUAAACACAUGAGUUAACUUAGUAGUAAUAGUAGUUUGUUGGAACCCCAGGCCCAGUCUGACAGAGCUAAAAUGAGAUGAGAUUGACUGUACUUUACAAUCCCCAAGGGUGAAAUGUUGUCAUGCAGCAGCCUUAAUAAAAAAACGGAACAAGCCCUCUCGCCAUUAAAAAACAAUCACAAGGCGAUUACAAUAAAUAAUUGUGAGGUGUGUUCUGUUCCCAGUCCGGGCACGGUCCUCACGGUCCAGUCGUUGUCGGAAGAUGACCAUAAGUUCUGGAUCCACGCCAUGGGGGGGAAAGAACCAGUGAGUAACCACAUCUUCCUGACAGCUCUACUGGAGUUUCUAUUGUCUAUUGAACGCUACUGAAAUGCUAUGAAAGUGGUGCAUUAAUGCCAACAGAAGUAUCUUUGCUUUGUGGUAACCUCUUGAAUAUCAAAUUAUCUGUGGAAAGCUAAAUCGAAUGUAUUUUUUACAGGUUGGGCAGUACUUGGGUAAAACCCAUUUAAAAGAACGAGGAAGUAAGUAUACGAUGAUUUAGAAGCCCUGAUCUCAAUUUCGAUGUAAUCUCUGUGAUAAUUCAAAUGACAUGACGAUAAUUCAAAUAAUUGUGUUGUCAUGACUCUGCAGUCGAUGCACAGCUAGAUGACGUAGGAUUGUCAUUUGUGAAGAAUGCCAUCAACGCCAUUGAGACGAGAGGUGAGACGAUGCAUGAUGACAAUAGGAAUGCCUAGGCAAUAUAAAGCCUGCAGAAGCAUACUUUGUGAGGUUAGCUGACUGGCUAGAGCAGGGGUGGGCAAUCAUUUUGUCUCCGGGGUUUAAAAAUUCAGCGACGGGUCGCACAUAUUUUUUUUCCCGCACUGAUUUGUUUGUCAAAAGCUAUUUGCGGGCCAGAAAAAGAGCAGUUAUUUGAAAAUAUUUAUAAGUCCGUUAUAAUUUACACCUACUUUCUAUCAAGUUUUAGAGGUUCAAGAGUGGCCAAUGGUUGUAUUUUUUAAAUUGUAUUUAUUUUUUACCCAAACCUCCCUCAGGCCAAAGUUUGCCCAGCCCUGGGCUAGAGGGCAGAGUGGUAAAGGGGGUUUUGGGAAAUGUUGCAAUGUCUCCCUUUUAACACAUGAGGGCACACUUGCACCAAUAUCCAGUCAUGUCUUGUGCCGUGGCCACUGUUCAUAGUUUCCAGGUAGUAGUGCUACAUAUACACUGAGUGUACAAAACAUUAAGAACACCUUCCUAAUAUUGAGUUGCACCCCCUUUUGCCCUCGGAACAGCCGCAGUUCGUCGGGGCAUGGACUCUACAAGGUGUCAAGCGUUCCACAGGGAUGCUGGCCCAUGUUGACUCCAAUGCUUUCCACAGUUGUGAAGUUGGUAGGAUGUCCUUUGGUGGUGGACCAUUCUUGAUACACAUGGGAAACUGUUGAGCUUGAAAAACCCAGCAGCGUUGCAGUUCUUGACACACUCAAACCGGUGCACCUGGCACCUAAUACCAUACCCCAUUCAAAGGCAGUUAAAUAUUUUGUCUUGCCCAUUCACCCUCUGAAUGGCACACAUACACAAUCCAUGUCUCAAUUGUCUCCAGGCUUAAAAAGUCCUUCUUAAACAUGUCUCCUCCCCUUAAUCUACACUGAUUGAAGCGGAUUUAACAAGUGACAUCAAUAAGGGAUCAUAGCUUUCACCUGAUCAGUCUGUCAUGCAAAGUGCAGGUGUUCCUAAUAUUUUGUACACUCAGUCUAGAAGCCCAACGGUAUUUUCAAAGUUUAUCCACUAAUUAUCUUAUGAUUGUGUUUGUGCUAUUAAGGGCCAUUUAACCAUGUAAACUGUCUUGUCUGUCAGGUAUCAAUGACCAGGGCCUGUACAGAGUGGUGGGGGUCAGCUCCAAAGUCCAGAAGCUCCUUAGCCUAAUGAUCGGUAAGACAUGCACAUUUUUCACCCCUUAAAGUAACGGUCCAGUGAAAAUCUCACUUUUAAAAGUACAUUUUCUGUUAACUCACACCCAAAUAAUGUUGUUGAUUCAUCCUAUACUCGUAUUUUUGGCCAACGCAUAAAUUGGAGAAAAAAAACACUUCAAAAACCCCACCUCAAACAUGUAUCUAAAACAGACCGUUUCAAAAAUGCUUGCUAUUUCGUCGUAGAGGGUGAUGUCAUCCUGAGUAGGAUGGUCUACUUGCAUGAAUGUUUUUAACGACCGGUAUAUGCCCACACCAUUCUGUUGGGGUACGCCGACACCGUUGAGUUGGGGUACGCCCAAACCAUUCCAACACAGAACAUCUUUUUUUUUUAACAUACUUAAUUACAUUUUUGGGGGAAGGAAAAUGAUUUCACUCAUAUUGUAAUUAAUUAAUAUUUCAUAGAAAUCUGGAACCACUGGACAGUUACUUUAAUACAGUAGGCGUUGUGCACCCUGCUCUGAUCUACUUGGUAGUAUUCAGAAUUAUGGUUUCCUUUGACUUAGACGACCAUGAUAAGGCUCAGAGUGCUGCUGGUACCUCAUUGGCAUUCAGACAGCCGGGAGGUGCCUGAGAGGCCCCCUUCCUGCCUGCACCCGUCCAUCCUUGCAGGGACUUCACUUGGCUCGCUCAGUCGCUCACCGGGAGCUGGAAAUUAGAUUGCCUUGCCCUUCUCCCUCCUCUCUCCUCUAAAUGCUCUCUCUCUCUCUCCUACUCUUUCUACCCUGCCAACCUCUCCUGUUCUUCUUUUAUCCCCCUCUCAUCUCUUCCUUCUUUCUCCUCUUCCCUCCUUUUCUUCCCUUGCCGUCCUCUCUCUUCUCAUCUACUGCCGUCUCUAGUAGACCCCAUCUCUGUCUAGUCGGCUGUGUGUUCUGAAUCUGAAUGGCAACAAACCCAGUCUGCCACCAGGCUGUCCCAGAGCCCACCUGAACCUGCCGACUCACACUUUACAGCCCGUUAGCACACUGUCUGCUACUGUAGACUGGGAUCAAUUAGUAUCUGUUUUCUUUCCAAUACCAUAUGGACGCAGGUAACAGUGUGAGAAACUUGAGAUUGAAGUCACCAAUCAUGUAUUUGGAUAAGCUGUCUUCGUCAUGUUAACUGUCUUUUUAUUCCCUCAACACUGUUAACCAUAAAACACAAGCGUUUCACCAACAGCCAUAUCAGUGUAUGUUCAGGAUGAUGCGUGGGUUAACACAACACAGCACCGGGCUAAAACCCUGCAGAAAGGCGCUAGAUUUGCUUCAUCCCUCUUUCCCUCCGCGCCUCCUGUCAUCUCUCACCCACUAACAUGGCCAGAGUCCAAUCAGAGGGAAUGGGGGUCAUGGGGUGAUUCGUUUGUUACAGUCAUGACAAGAUCGCCACCCUGUGCAUAGUUGACAGUUCACUGGAACAGACGUAGGGAAAAUCUCUAGUUCAAUGGAGGGGUUAGAAUGAGGCCAAAGCAGCAGAAGUGGAUCACAUUAUUUUCCCACUGUGCUCACAAAUCUCUCUGAUUGACAGAACUCUUAGAGCUUAGCAUAGAGAAUGGAUAUUUUACAGCUGGGAAUUUCGCUGCUGGGAAUAAAGAUGAGGUAAAAGGACUUGGAUACUACUAGUGUAGAGUCAGUCAUGUCCCAAUGUUGGUUAGUACAUAUUUAGAUGUGUACAAUACAGUAGCUUAAAGACACACACACACACACACACACACCAUAUGUAGCUGUGUACACACCCACACAUAUUUGGCUGUUGGCCUUCUAGGAAAACAUUUGGUCCAGCCCAUUGAUGUUGGACAGGCCACUGUUCUGUGGGUAGAGAAACACAGCCCUUCUGGUUUUAGUAGUGAAGGGAUACAGUCAAAUGAAGUAAAUAAAUGGCCUAGAGCAGCAACCUACCUCCCACCAAGUCUAACCCCUUGGAGUCCUCCUGGUGACCUGGGGCUUGGCCUCGCACCAACCUCUGACUCAAACACACACAACUAUGGUGGAUUAUUCAUCAGGCCAGCCCAGUACAGCUAAGCUUGGCUCGGUCCAGUUUGGCUCAGUAGUGUGAGAAGGGUAUAGUUUAAGCCAGCCAGCCAUCUCCAUUAGAUAGAGCUGUUCCUCAAGGCUAUUGCAAUGAUUUUAUCCACAUAAGACACAUUUCACGUUAUUUAGAUUUUAGCUUAUUUGGAGAUGUUCACUUCACCAUAGGGUUAGUUAAGUUACAAUACACUAGUUGACUUACAAAACAGGUUUAGGCUCAGGGUAUCAUGGGAAUUGGAGUGUACUAUAUUAAAAUAAACUUUAUUUUUAUGGUGCUUUGUAUAAUUUGUUGAUUAUGUGUGGAGUUUAAAACCUUUUUGAAUGUUUCUGUUUCAUUACAGAUGAGAAGAGCAACGAUGUGGAUCUGUCGACGUGUGAGGACUGGGAUGUGAAAACAGUCACCAGCACACUAAAGCUGUAUAUGAGGUAAGGAUCCUUUGUGUAUCAGUCACCAUGAAUCACUCAUAGUCUGCUACAUAAUCGCUAGGUUAUGUAUUCAUGUAGGCUAUUAUGUCUUAUUAGCAAUUAGAAAGCUGUGUAGACAUUAUUAGAACUGUUCGUCAUUGUCUGGGAUGUCUGAGUUUGAAUUUAUUCUACUCUGGGGGCAGAAGCAUGAAAUAAUUUCCUGGAGCUCAGCUCCUGCAAUGCAACAGGACUAUUCACAUUGCCGCAUUGACAUCCAUGCAUUUGAAUUCAGACACAUAAUCGAUCCACUUCAUCAACCGACUCCGUCUCUCUGACUUCAUUAUUCUCAGUCGCUGUGUGUUCUAGGAAAUCCGUUGUUGACCUGAGACGCCCUUGGUAAUUGGUAGGGAGUCUUAGCCUCUCUCUAGGAAGAAGAUGUGCAUCCCUGGCUUCACAUAGUUUAUCAUCCAUCUUUGAAUGUAUUGAUUAGGUGACCAGGUGAAAAACAAAAUGGUGGCCUGUGGCAGGUAUUUGAACUAAAAUCAUUGACCAUCACUGCCACACAACCAAGCAGUGAUAUGAGAAGCAUACCAGUAACAUAAGCAUGAUAGGGUUUUUAGUGUCAUUGCUUUUCCUCUGAUCCAACCUGAUUUGAGUGAUUGAUUUGAUGCCACAUAUUAAAGGAAUCCUGUUUUUAUAGUUCAGUGAUGAGGCAAUCGAUUAUAAGUUGUUAUUCCUUGCUUUUGCAAAUAGCAAUUCAUUUAAAUGAUAGUGUUUCUCUUUUUAAUCUAGGGCUAUCUGCAAUGUAACAAGUUAAAUGUACCCUAAAAGCUAAGACAAAGUUCUGUUAGCUAAAUGAAACAAACUCACACACUGCAUAUUUCUGGCGCCAAUGCAAUUACGGUAUCCAACGGAAACUAAUGAGUGAUAUUUACAUACUUUAGUGCUGCAUAAACUGAAGGGAUGUUAGAAGUUUGGUUCGUUAUGGAGCGAUUUACUGAAUAAAAUUAUAGCCAACUUAUCGUUAACCUCAGCCCAGUCUGUUACAGAUUCUUCUGCACUUGUUUUGGAAUUACUUCAUUAGGCUCGUUCAGUACUCCAUGUGAUGUAAACGGUUUCAUUACCAAAAUGAAAUUAUAAAAGAUUGGCAAGUUCACUGGUGCAAUUGCCAGAUAGGCUAUUAAAUAAUAAACUUUUAGUGAGCCAAGUCCAUUUUUACAUCAAUUGAACAACAAUAAAUAAAGAGGAUUUUAGCUCAGUAGUCAAUGUAAAAGCAUGGGAACUGGAAUGGUAUCAGUCAGUCUGUCCUCUGAUAGGCCGACAGGACAGGAACAGGUCAGAAGGCACAGCACUGUGUGUUGUGACUGGCCGGGUUUUGCUGCCCGCCCGCGACCCUUACAGGAAGUAGUUUGAUGUUGCAUGCUGUGGGUCAUGGGACUGACUCUCUCCCAGGCUGGUCCCAGAUCUGUUUGUGCGGUCUUGCCAACUCCUAUGGUCAUUGGCAUAAAUUGGCAUGACAGCAGAAAUGGAUCUGGGACCAGGCUAGUCCCAGGCAGCAAACUGCCUUUCUGUUUUAUCUCAAGGAGUUAUACCUGUUUCAUAAUGCAAUUUGACAGUCAGCCAGUGGGAUUAGAGCGUUGGACAAGUAACCGAAAGGUCGCUAGUUCGAAUUCCCGAGCAGACAGGAUGGAAAUUCUGUCUGUGCCCUUGAGCAAGGCACUUAACCCUACUUGCUCCAGGGUCUCCGUUGAUAAUGGCUGACCCUGGCCAUGACCCCACCCAAUGGUGUCUCAGGGAGAGUUGGGAUAUGCAAAAAAACACAUUUCCAAUUCACACAUGCAUAUUAAUACAUUUGUAUAAGCACUCGCUAAAUUAUAAUUAAGACAACAUUUAGAUUGCUACUGAGAUAUUACAGCCGUUAAUGUGACUGUCAUUUCUACAUUGCACACAUCAUAUGAUAAAAUGUGUUUUGUUUUUUUACACAAGUAAUCUAACAAUCUAGAAAACCGUCCAAACCUAUGAUGUACUUAAACUCAUCCAUUGAGUCAACUGAAACCUUAUUACAGGCUUAAGUCUGCAGUAGAGACAGUAGAUUUACUGUAAAUCAUCCUCCAUUUGUCUCCCUCUGGCCUGCUGCAGAGCCAGAGGGUCAGCCUCUCUCCUCCUCCCCUGCUCCUCUGGUUCCUCAGGGGAGGCUAAGUAGCCUUGGCACAGGGCCUGGUGCAGCACCAUGAAAGGACCUUCAGAACUUGGUUAUCUCACCGUGGCAUGGUGCACCAUCUAAUUCCAUCCCCGACUCGGCCACAUUAAUCAUUGUUGUGUGCAGACCCUAUAAAACAGUGCUGCGUCUAUUUCUGUCCCCCCACCUUCUCCCGCUCUUCUUUUCUGCGCUCUCUCUCUCCCUCUUUUGCUAUUGUUCUCUCUUUUGCGCUCUCUCUGCUCUCUCUCUCUCUCUCUCAAGGAGUCUUCCUGAGCCACUGAUGACCUAUGGACUGUACAAAGACUUUAUCGCCCCUGCAAGUAAGUUUGGGCCGUCCUCCUCACUCACAAUACAGUUGUUCUCAAACCAGAUGUAAAACUACUCACAGGAGUGUAGGAGCAGAGCAAAUGAAUACUUAUCUAUUAUUUUAUUACACAUUAUCAAUGAGUCCAAUGCUGUAUGCAUGACUAGCAAGUGUUUGUCUGUGAGACACAGUUCAUCGUCUAAGUAAGUGUCCUGGCGCAGUUAGAUUGGCUAUGAAUCAUUUUCAUCGUCUCAGUAGUUCAGUGAAACUGUUUUGAAUGUUCCACAUCUUGUAGAGUCUAAACAAAUGCUUGUUUUCAUUGUCUGUGUUUGUGAAUUUGUGCGUGUGUGCGUGCAAGUUUCUGUGUGUGUGUGUUGGUCCAUGUAUGUGUGGUAUCAAUCACUGAAGUCCAAGGCCAGUCCUCCUGACCUGCUUUUCAGGAGCACUGUAAACAGGCCCCUCUGUAAAAGUGCCUCAGCAUGUGACCAUAAAUCCUUUCAUAUGACCCAGAGAGAUGUCUUCAUCACACUCACUCACAUGGACCGACACACACACACACACCUUUUAAUUAUUCCACCUUCAUCUGCCAUUAAAGUAACCUCUGGUUCUAUGCAAUUAAGGUCACUUAAAAAGGAAAUAUUACCACCUGUUAAACACUAUAAAUCCUAGUAUCCUACACUAACGUCCUCAAAUGGCCCAGUGACUUUGAACAGAGAGAAACGUUAAAUUUCUCUCCCUAUAUAAUCUUACUCCAAUAGCCUACAUGACGUCCUGAGUGAUCCUCAUAACAUGAAUUACCCUCUAGUCCCAUAAUUGGAUCACGAUGGAGUGUUUUAUCAGCCGUUUGCAAUGCCCUCAUAAUGCAGGUAGAAAAAAAAUGGAUUAGCAAUAAUAUGUUCUGAAAGAUGACAGCAUCCGUAAGCUUUUUUCCCCUAUUCAAAUUUGUGUUGUUCCCAUAGUAAUGGUGUGUGUGUGUGUGUGUGUGUGUGUACGCACGCUGUGUUUCUGUGUGUGUGGGCAGUAGCCAUCAGAUGCCUGUGUGUGGGUGUGUGAGGAAAUGUUUAAGGGAUGAUCUUGUGGGUUUUAUCGCAACCCUUUUACACGGUAGCUUCUGUAGUAUAAAGCUAUCUCUCUAUAGCCAGCAACAGUAGCCUACAUAUCCUCUGGCAAAAUUCUGACAUGUCUAAUAUCAGCAUCAAACAAGAAGUUUACUGUUAGUUCAUCUCCAUACUCUUUAUUCACGGUUGUUAACCCUUUACUGCUUUCUUUUUUAAAUAUGAAAAAACCCAUUGUAGAUGCACCUACACUAGCUGAUUUAAGCCUAUGUAAACGGCAUCCAUUGCUUUAUUGUAUGGUAGCUUGUACUGGGCAAAACAAAUUGACAGCUGAUGCAAAGUUACCAAACUUUGCAUCUGCACUGUUCAACUAAAUGUAAUUUUGUAAAAUGUUCAGUGGAACUUGUUCAAAGUCGUCCUUGUGCAUAGAGUUGUGUGGUUUGUUUAAAUUGUUGUGGUCCUCUGUAGCUCAGCUGGUAGAGCACGGCGCUUGUAACGCCAAGGUAGUGGGUUCGAUCCCCGGGACCACCCAUACACAAAAAUGUAUGCACGCAUGACUGUAAGUCGCUUUGGAUAAAAGCGUCUGCUAAAUGGCUUAUUAUUAUUAUUUUAUUAUUAAAUUAGCUAUCAUUGGUUUUUGUUUGGCAUACAUUUUAAAGUGAAAAAUCGGAGUCUCCGCAUCAUUCUGUUACCGUGGAAUUGCCCUACGGUAACUGUACCAAUAUUUACUGGAGCAGCCUACAAAUUAACAUGACAAGGACAACCCUGUGCCUCCAAUGAAUACAUCCUGAGUCGGUGGUUCCACAUUUCCUACUGUGACCACUCCCCCCAGAGUAAGAUAAUCUCAAUGCACCAGAGCACUCACUACUCAAUCAAAAAAUGUCUAUGGUUGGAUUAACACAGGGAAAUCCAAAUCCUUCUCAUUCUAUGCUGUACAGUUUUUCCGUUGUGGAGUCUUGCCACCUAAGGAAUGGAUAGCACAGCACUGUAAUAACACAGAAAUGUUUGUUCUGUUUUUGGUGGAUUCCAAUUGUAUUUAUUUAGCCAGGGAGUCAUGCUGAGACCACGGUCUCUUUCGCAGAUGAGCCCUGUAUCAACACAUCAAUAAACAACAAUUACACAAAACAUGAAAAGCAAAGCACAAUCAUAUGAAUCAUUUAAAAAGCCUUCUAACGUCCAUCUGAAUUGCCCUAAAGGCACCAACUCCACCAACUUUUUAAGGAGUUUUGCAUAUCAUUCCACAUGAGAGGUGCAAAAAAACGAAAAGCAGAUUUUCCUAACUCUGUGGAGAUUGAAGGGAUCUCCAGGGUUAGCCAUCCCUGAAUCUGCGAAUUUAUACGUCUAAAGGUUAACAGUGAGGUGAGGUAUGGCAGAAGUUUAUGCAAGAGGGCUUUAUAGACAAGAGGGCAAUGUACUAUGAUAAACGCAUCCAAUGGCUUCAGUACAGUGGCAGCUGCGUUCAUAUAGACGGUAGUCAAUAACCGGAAUGAAUGUUGACAGAAUGAUUAGUUUUCUGCUAUUAAGCGAAAGGCAGGACCUGCUCCUAUAGAAGAAGCCUAUUUUAAAUCUCAAUUUCUUAACUAACUCAUCAACAUACUUUGAGAACAAUAGCUUUUCGUCAAUCCAGAUGCUCAGAUAUUUAUAAGCGGGGACACGGUCAAUGAGGGCACCAUCCAAAGUACAUAUGCAUAAAUCAUCAGAUACAUUUUUAUGUGAUUUGGAAAAUAACAUAUACUUAGUUUUACUUUCAUUAAGUACCAAUUUCAAUUCAACCAAGGAUUUCUGCAGAGCAAUAAAGGCGACGCCUACAGCAUGGUGGGGUUGUGGGUUUGAUUUCCACAUGGUCCACAUAGACUGAGUCUGUGUCACUGUCGAUGUUGGCACUUCUGUAAGCGACUUUUUCGAUAAGUGUCUGUCAAAUAACCAUGUUUGUCAUGUUUUUAAACAGAGGGUGGUAGUCCAGAGUCUCGUAGCCAAGCCAUCCACUGCCUGGUCCACAAGCUGCCUGAGAAGAACCGCCUGGUCCUGGGGCUACUGAUGAAACACCUGGCUACGUGAGUUAUCAGCCUUACUCUCUGCCCCGUCCUCUCUCAUACUCUUUCUCCACUAUCCUUGUUCCAUUCCCUCUUCCUGUUUUCACCAUCUCUCUCUCGCUCUCGCUCUCGCUCUCUCUAUCUCUCUCUGUCUCUCUCUCUCUCUCUCUCACACACACACAUAUCAAUCUUUCCUUUCUCGCAUUUACUGUUCCAACUAACUGCAGGCAGAAAACUCCCUCCCCACCCUGUCUUAGAACACCACAGCACCCUCCACAAUAGCAGAGUCAGAAGUUUGAACUUCCUCAACAGUUCACUAUGCCUGUAAUGAAAUGGACUGCUCAGAUUCAACCUCUAUUUCCCACCCGCUCCUCUGGGAUUACCCCUCACUCCAAACUGGCUGUUACACAACUCGCCCUUUCAGAGAUUAGAUAGGAUCCGAGAUUUCAAAAUAAUGUUUGCUAACAUUACAAGGUUUUACCUCAGCAACUCGCUUUUUCUUUUUUCCGACACAAACUAAAUAGUAGCAAAUUGAAGAUAAGUAUAUAAUCCGCGUUCCCUGAGGCAAUCAAAGUCUGGAGGAUCUUAUUUCAUAGAAAACCUGCCGCAGGUUUCUCAGAGUAGAAGUAAAAAGGCAUUUAAGUGCAGCUAUUGAAUUUGGAUUAUCCAGCGUGAAAUUCUUCCGACUGGAGAGCUCGUCAUAGUUUUUUUUUAUUGAAGUUGGCCGUGUGUGUUUGUGUCUGCAUGUGUUUGACUGUGCGUGUGUUAGCUUGUCCUGCAGGGAGAGAGGCAAAGCCAAAAUUUCACACCGCAAUCUGAAAUGGUUUUAGAGAUGUGAUAAAGGAAGGUUGUCACUAGGCAACGUAUUUAGGUCUGCAAAGGCUCCCUUUGAUGCAUUUCAACCAUCUCUCUGCAGAAUGAGUGUGUCAUUUUAUACAUUUUAAGGAUAAUAUAUUUACUGGUCUUAUAUGACUUUGAUUUUAAUUAGUGUUUUAACUUUUUAGAUUUUUUAUGAACAACAUACAUUUCUUAAUAUGCAAAAUUGUCAAUUUAAGUAAAUUCUUAGAUAUUGAUCAAACCGUGACAGCUUUUGAGACAAACUGGGAAAUCUGAGGAAACUGAAAGUCAACGGAGGACUUUUGAAUGUUUGCAUUCCAGUCUCGUCAAAAGUAAUGCAUUUGUAUCUAUCUUAUCAAAAAGUAUCAGAGGAUAAUGUCAGAAUCAUAAAAGCGACAGUUGAUUCACUUGAUUCGUCAUAACUCAAAAUGAUGAUAGAUUGAAAUUUGGGUUUCGCUGUUUCAAAAAACAAAUCAAAUCAAAUUUGAUUUGCCACAUGCGCCGAAUACAACAGGUGUAGACAUUAGUGAAAUGCUUACUUUCAAGCCCUUAACCAACAAUGCAGUUUUUUAAAUACAGCAACACCUCAUGGCACAACGCCUCUACCCCAUGUGAACUACUUGUGUGUAUGUACUGACAUGUACGUGUAGCUGAUAGAUGCGCACACACUACAUGUUCAUGUUUGUAUGUAUGUUAAUUGUAAAGUAUUUUGUCUGUAAUGUCUUUUUCGUUAUGUGUCGGACCCCAAUAAGACUAGCUGUCGCCAUUGGCAUCGGCUAAUGGGGAUCCUAAUAAAUCAAAUCAAAUAAAUCAAAUCAAAUCUGUCUGCAGUUUUUGGCAUCUCUUCAGAGUCAUUCCAAAGUCAAGCGAAAAUUCCUCCCCUAGAAAAAACAACCCAAUUUAGCGUCCACUUACUGUGAAUCAGCUGAAAAGCAACUGAAAAAGUUUGAAGUGAAGUUUUGGAGAGAAGGUCGAUGUUCAAGAACAAUCUAUGGAAUGGUGAUGAACCAGGUAAUGAUGUCAGUCAGAACGCUAGCUAACACCUAUGAGGCCAGGCCAGAGAUGCUGUUCUAGACACCUCUGACUGACAUAACAAGGUGGUAGCAACACUUUCCUUUCUUGGCAAGUUGGCAAACUGUCAGACAGACAUUAGUAAGCUGUCAGACAUGGAGUAAAUAGAUCUUCAAAGCGAAUUUGAAUUUUCUAGCCAAAUUCUUUACAGUAUACAGGCCUACUAAAGUGUAUGUAUCCCCCAAUGUAAAACAUUUUAAACGUCAGGGAAAAGCACUCUAUAAAUCAAUUGUCAAUGAAUUCAUGAAUUGUUAUCCUCCCUGGUCUCCCCAUGCAGUGUGGCAGCUCACAGUAAGUUGAACCUGAUGACGGUGGCCAACCUGGGUGUGGUGUUUGGUCCCACCCUGAUGAGGCCCCAAGAGGAUACGGUGGCCGCCAUCAUGGACCUCAAGUUCCAGAACAUUGUGGUGGAGAUCCUCAUCGAGCAGCACGAGAAGGUAACCACUGGGUUCUUCUCUUGAACAAAACAGACGUCUGAACGCACUCCUGAACUUGUCCGCCUGACCAAAGUAACGUUAUAUAUAUAUAUAUAUAUAUAUAUAUAUAGACCGAUCCUCUAAUAUUGUUCCUCUCAAGCUUUCCUCUGGUUGCAUCUUUCAGCUUUGGUUGCAGCUUUGUCUAAAACCCACCGCUAAACUCACAGCUGAGACUUUUCUCCAGUGCUGGCAAUAGAAUUAUAGAGGGAUUUUGAGGACAUUGCUCUGAGUGACUUUUAGACAAUAUGUAAGCAUAUUAUCUUUUGCGAUAUUCUUCACAUUUUAUGGGUACAUUAAAACUUGUCACUGUAAUUGAAAUCCCUGUAUGUCUUGGGCUAGGGCUCUAAGACGAGUGAAACUGUAAAGCAGCUUAUUGAUAAGAAGCAUUAUAGUUUUGAUCUAUGUAUUUUAGUUUACAUAAUAUAGAGAUGAUCACUUUGAACUGUCUACAGUACCUGGCUGACAUCAUUCCAUCUGCCCAGCGGUUGAUUUACAAAGCAGGGAUUCUCACUUUGCCCCUUUUGUGCUUAACAACUAUAUCCAGUAUGUCAUGGUACUCUUGAUUACAUCUACAAGGGUACAUGCAAGGUCCUUUGCCUUACCUACAGCAUAUAAGUCCCAUUUUGAGCCAUGCUACGACAUAACUGUAAUCUGCUUUUAAUGUCAAUAGUAAUCUGCCUCUAUAGAGGGGGUCAAUUCCCAGAGCCAAAACAGAAAGGGUUGAGAUUAGUAUGUGAUCUGUGCUAAGUAUUCUGGCCAGCUAUAACAUGCCAAGAGUACCCCUAAACUCAGAAUCAUUAAUUGACCAUGGAGUGCUGGUCAAUUUCGAUCUCAUCUAUUUUGAAUAGUCCAAAUAAUAGAAAGCGCUCAACCACCAAGCAAUUAAAGUUUUGGUGAGGAGAAACUUCUAUAUAAAAAAUAGUUCCAGAACUUCACCUUAAAUAAAGGUGAAAUAAAUAAAAAAAUACACACCACAAGGUGAUGGAAGACUUGGUGUCAGAGGCAGAAUAUAAUACCAGUGGAAGCUUUAAGAAAAGUGCUGAGCUGCGAGACGAGAGAUGAGGGAGUUUCGCUGCCAGACAGACAGACAGACAUUAGCUUUCCUCUCAGGCCCAGCCCCCCCCCCCCACUCUCCUUCUCUCCAGACUGUUGAUACCCCCAGAUGCCAGCAGACAGUGUUUUACAUUCACAUCCAUCUGCAGAGAUGGGAGGGAGAGAGAUUGCUGAAACUCUGCUACACUCUCAACCGUAUCAGAUUUCUCUCUGUAUCGUCCUCCUUUUUCCUCCCAACUCCCCCCGUGAUCCUCUCUCUGCCUAUUUUCUUUCAACUCCACAUCUGAAGUUAGUCUAUGUAAACACAUGCACUACGUAAACAAGCUGUACAGUGAGCCUCCUCCAGUCCAGACUCUGUUUAUUUUCUCCCUGCUGCUCGUCAGAGCGGGUCAGCAGGACCUAGCUCCUGUUCAUUAGGCACUAAACAGAGUUAAAACAGAGAGAUUGUCCAAUGGAAAUGGUCAUUUUUGUUUUCUAUUGCGAAACGUUUUCUCUUGAGUGCCCUACAGUGAGGGGAAAAAAGUAUUUGAUCCCCUGCUGAUUUUGUACGUUUGCCCACUGACAAACAAAUGAUCAGUCUAUAAUUUUAAUGGUAGGUUUAUUUGAACAGUGAGAGACAGAAUAACAACAAACAAAUCCAGAAAAACACAUGUCAAAAAUGUUAUAAAUUGAUUUGCAUUUUAAUGAGGGAAAUAAGUAUUUGACCCCCUCUCAAUCAGAAAGAUUUCUGGCUCCCAGGUGUCUUUUAUACAGGUAACGAGCUGCGAUUAGGAGCACACUCUUAAAGGGAGUGCUCCUAAUCUCAGCUUGUUACCUGUAUAAAAGACACCUGUCCACAGAAGCAAUCAAUCAGAUUCCAAACUCUCCACCAUGGCCAAGACCAAAGAGCUCUCCAAGGAUGUCAGGGACAAUAUUGUAGACCUACACAAGGCUGGAAUGGGCUACAAGACCAUCUCCAAGCAGCUUGGUGAGAAGGUGACAACAGUUGGUGCGAUUAUUCGCAAAUGGAAGAAACACAAAAUAACUGUCAAUCUCCCUCGGCCUGGGGCUCCAUGCAAGAUCUCACCUCGUGGAGUUGCAAUGAUCAUGAGAAUGGUGAGGAAUCAGCCCAGAACUACACGGGAGGAUCUUGUCAAUGAUCUCAAGGCAGCUGGGACCAUAGUCACCAAGAAAACAAUUGGUAACACACUACGCCGUGAAGAAUUGAAAUCCUGCAGCGCCCGCAAGGUCCCCCUGCUCAACAAAGCACAUAUACAUGCCCGUCUGAAGUUUGCCAAUGAAUAUCUGAAUGAUUCAGAGGAGAACUGGGUGAAAGUGUUGUGGUCAGAUGAGACCAAAAUUGAGCUCUUUGGCAUCAACUCAACUCGCCGUGUUUGGAGAGGAGGAAUGCUGCCUAUGACCCCAAGAACACUAUCCCCACCGUCAAACAUGGAGGUGGAAACAUUAUUCUUUGGGUGUUUUUUUCUGCUAAGGGGACAGGACAACUUCACCGCAUCAAAGGGACGAUGGAUGGGGCCAUGUACCGUCAAAUCUUGGGUGAGAACCUCCUUCCCUCAGCCAGGGCAUUGAAAAUGGGUCGUGGAUGGGUAUUCCAGCAUGACAAUGACCCAAAACACACGGCUAAGGCAACAAAGGAGUGGCUCAAGAAGAAGCACAUUAAGGUCCUGGAGUGGCCUAGCCAGUCUCCAGACCUUAAUCCCAUAGAAAAUCUGUGGAGGGAGCUAAAUGUUUGAGUUGCCAAACGUCAGCCUCGAAACCUUAAUGACUUGGAGAAGAUCAGCAAAGAGGAGUGGGACAAAAUCCCUCCUGAGAUGUGUGCAAACCUUGUGGCCAACUACAAGAAACGUCUGACCUCUGUGAUUGCCAACAAGGGUUUUGCCACCAAAUACUAAGUCAUGUUUUGCAGAGGGGUCAAAUACUUAUUUCCCUCAUUUAAAAUGCAAAUCAAUUUAUAACAUUUUUGACAUUGUUAUUUUUUGUUGUUGUUGUUAUUCUGUCUCUCACUGUUUAAAUAAACCUACCAUUAAAAUUAUAGACUGAUCAUUUUUUUGUCAGUGGGCAAAUGUACAAAAUCAGCAGGGGAUCAAAUACUUUUUUCCAUCACUGUAAAAAACACAAUCCUGCUUUCAGCAGAUCCCUUAUUCCCUGGACUGGAUUUGGCCUUCUUAGUGUUUCGGGGUCUGAGUUUAUAUUAACCCUGAUGGAAGUUGCAAAGGCAGAUUUGAUGUGUUUUCUUAGUGCUCAAUAAGUGAGCAAAGAGCAUCUCAACUGUCCCUAGAUAGCUUUGCUAUCUGACUUGCGUCAAAGAUGUGAGCUCUUCAAAACACAUAUUUACUAAGGUCAAAUGAGGACAUGCCUCUGCUCAAUAUACUGCGUCUUUUCUUUGAGGGAGAGUUAAACACAUUUUGGUUACGCGUGCACACACACACACACACACACACACACACCACAGUAUCCCCCGCCACUCACACACACUUACACACACUUUUUGUUUCAGAUCUUUGGAGAUGUCCCAGACGCAUCUUCCCCGGGUCUCUCCGCCCCCACCAGGCAGUCCAAGAAAUUGUCGGUUCGACAGAACCGACCCCUGGCCGUCUAUAACCCAAAGUCAGUGGACCUGCAGACAGGUAAGAGACAGAACGACCCCUGGCCGUCUAUAACCCACAGUCAGUGGACCUGCAGACAGGUAAGAGACAGAACCGACCCCUCGCCGUCUAUAACCCACAGUCAGUGGACCUGCAGACAGGUAAGAGACAGAACCGACCCCUGGCCGUCUAUAACCCACAGUCAGUGGACCUGCAGACAGGUUAGAGACGGAACCCUAACGUUACAUCCUCAGCCAGGCUUGCUGAAAGGUUGGGUUGGAAUGAGGGACCCUUUCUUUCAUGACAAGUAUGUGACUGAAUGAUCCCAGUAAAAGUUCCCGUACCAUAUAAAGCAAUCAUGAAGCUAGUGUUGAGCCUUUGUAAACCUACACAAUAGCUUUAUAGAUCAUCACUAAUAUAAAGGGGACACCUGUACCACUACUGUACCAGCCCUCUCCUCCCACACUGCUGCACCAGGUGAGCCUGGUGUAAACCCCAGAUCCCCAUCCCCCAGGCCUCGUCAGAUCCCCUGUCCUCCUGGAACACCACCUAAAGGAGGCCUAAUCUGCUUACCAGACUGACUCCUCUCCAUUCACUCAUAUUGCACCUGGCUUUUACCAUUGGGGUAUUUUAAUAACAUCUGGGAUGAAAAAAUUUAAUCCUCUCUUUUUAACCAUAGUGUGUUCUAUCUGAGCCUGUGGAUAAUGUUUUUUAAAGUGAGAUGUCUAACUACCUGGCGGAGAAUGUUUUAUUUUUAUUUUUAAAUGCAUGUGUGGGCAAAUAUUCCCACUAGAUAUGGACGACUACGUUGAAGGCUGCGGCCGCACCUACAUUUUGUAUCCAUGGAAUACUGAUGAGCCAAAGGUUUUUCUAUGGGGCUCAUAAUGGUUGAAAGACAAUGGAGAGAACUGAUGGCAUCCAUAGAUUUGUCUAUCAGUUUUACAGUACAUAUGCAACUCGUGCGUUAAAAGUUGAAAACAUUUGACGGUCUACAAUGGACAGUGAGGAAGGCAUAUGCGUUUCUCAUCCAUUCUCACUCGUCUCUGUGUGGCCGUAGCUUCAGCCCUUGAAAGGAAAGUGUAUUAACACAUUUGCGCGGGGCAACUGUCCAACAGGGAUUGGAUUUCUGAGGACACUGCAGUUUGGAGCGCCAGGAAUAUCAUAUUUUCCUGGAUCAGAUCAUUACAGAUCAAGUUUUAUGUUUUAUACCUUACUGUAUUUUCAAAGGUGCUCUCUAAGAUGGAAAUCUUACAUUUUGCCAAAACACAGGUGAAGCAGAACAAAUGCUUUAACAAUAUGUUGACACGUUAUUAAAAGAUAGGACUGCCAGGGUUUUCAAGAAAAUCCUGUCUCAUUUGCAGGACAAUAGACCAGGUGCUUUGAUGAUAUUUUUCUGGGCCAGUUCAGUUCAGUCCUGUGUUUUAUCUUUUAGCAUUAGCCAGCGUUGUAUUCAUUAGGCAUCAAAUGAAAGACUACUUGAACUUGUCCAAAAUGAAACGCUUGUUUGCGUUUUCCGUCCAAUUUUUUUUUUGCUACAGUAGCUAGGUUUCCAUCCAAUUGGCGACAGAUUUUCAUGCGAAUAUUCUCAAAUCUGUGUAAAACUAUAUGCACAUUUUCCCACCAGAGAUGUUUCUAUCAAACUGACUCAAACUGACGCAUAAAAGGCUGUGCGUGUUGACGUAGUGCACACACAAAUAACUUUUGCGGUUAAAAUCCCAUGUACAAAAAAGAAAGUUCAAUGGGUUUCCAUCGAAUUUUCAACUCUACUGAUGGUUUUGUCACAAACUGUUGCAUUAUAUAGCAAAUGUUCCCACUCUGGUCUUGGCAUGUACGCUCUAGCCAACAGCUCAGAGAUACAGUGCGGGUAGGCUACCUAGAUGAGAUUAUUUCUAUUUGUCGAACAGCAGCCAAGCAUUGAUCAUCAUGUCACCAGAAUAUUCUCCCAGUUUUUUUUAUUGAAAAGAGCAUCAAGCUCAUCACCGUGCACUUUCACCACCCUGUGAACUUCAUCGUAACUUAUUUAAUCUGUAUCCUAAUAAACGGCAUGCUUUCCUGAGUCAACAUAUCAUGGUGUAACUCCAAGUUUACUUUGAAAUUAUAGUGAUUAUAUUAAUAUUUGCACAUAAAGGCGUUUCAACCUCCAUUUCUUGCAUAAUACAUUUUACCGACACAAAAAGAUACCACCAUGUCGAAUGAACUAAUCGACUGCCAGCAUUUAUACAAUUGUACCGGCAUUUCCUGUUUCAAUCAGCCCGGUCGUGGCUUUUUUUUUAAUGCGUCAGGUAUUUAAUAUGCUUGAAAUGGCCCAGGCAUUGUGUACAAAGCAGAUGUUGUUGCAUUUUACAAGAAGUCUCUGGUUUUGAUUAUUUGCUUCUAUUUGGGCCAUGUUUUUUUUUAGUAAAAGUAAUGAAGUAAUUCUAAUAGCUCAUUUGGAUCUUGUAAACAUGGAACAUGAGUUUUGUUUUGAUACCCUCUUGAUAGAUGCUUCAUCUUCUUAACUCUACCACAACAAUACAGCUGGAGGUAGUGAACGUUUUUAAUAAUGGUUCUUAACUCUACCACAACAAUACAGCUGGAGGUAGUGAACGUUUUUAAUAAUGGUAGAAGAAAACAGGUUGAACUGAUUCCAGAGGCUCUAAAACCCAGGAAAAGUCAUCCAGGCAGUCUUCCAUCUUGUGCUCCGUGCAAACAACAAAACAACAGUUGCCUUUUCUCCGACAGUGAAACGGCUUCUUGUAGUUGUGUAGACUUUGUUUCAAUACAAUCGAGGCUAGGAGAUGUCAUAUAAUCAUGCAAUAUAUAGGCAUUUCCAUAUAAUUAAUAUAUGUCAUCUGAUCUAUAUAUCACAUUAACUGCAUACAACGUUUUUGACUCUAUAAGACCUACUGUAUACACACCAGGGAUACGGGCACAAAAGCUACAGUAUUUUAUGAACGGCCCUUUUAUGAUCAUGAUAGUCUUCGACAGAAUCUGCAAACACUUUCUCCCACAGUGCAGCACAGCACUGUCGGCCAUUAGCUUUUAGUGGAGUCCAGGGGACUCGGUCUGAACAUCACUCAUUUUAAUAUAGACUCCCAGAAUCCGCCCUGUUGCUUUGAUGUGAAAGGAAAGUACACACUGCUAAAUUUAAACAAGCAACAUCCUUUUUUAACUUGAAUUGCUGCUUAGGAUCAUCUGUCCCUCAGUUUAAAAACAGGAACUAAAAGUUGUACUAGACAGUGAACUUGGGCUGGAACUUCCUAGCGUCCCCUAGUCAUGGUCAUCUGCUGGUCGUCCACUACCCCAUUAUUCAGCUGCUGUCUUGGGGGUUUAUUUGUAGCGGCACAGGGUCAUCCACAGAGCUGCGUUUAGCCAUGCUCCCCUAAAUAAAGGACAAAGAUGUUUCUGUCCAACAAUGGCUCUCAACAACUAACAGCCUUACUUCUUCUCUCAGUGUCACCUGAUGUCGGUUCUAACUCGGAUGAGGCGUCGCUAGGCAGCAACGAGUCUGUGUCGUCCCAGUCGUCAGGGGCGACUGCCUCGGAGACGCCUCCGGAGAAGGCCAACCACGCCCCCCUUCUCGCCAGUCUCAGCUCAGGAGACAGCCCAGGGUAAGUUGGUCUACAUGGAGAAAUGCCUGCUGUUAACCUUAGCAUCAGUCAUGAUGACAUGCUACAUUUUCAGGUACUUUCCUGAUUGGAGGUGUCACUAUAGGAUCAGCUAUCAUUACAUUUACAUUUUAGUCAUUUAGCAGACGCUCUUAUCCAGAGCGACUUACAGUUAGUGAAUACAUAUUAUUUUUUAUUUUUUUAUACUGGCCCCCCGUGGGAAACGAACCCACAACCCUGGCAUUGCAAACGUCAUGUUCUAUCAACUGAGCUACAUCCCUGCCGGCCAUUCCUUCCCCUACCCUGGACGACGCUGGGCCAAUUGUGCGCCGCCCAUGAGUCUCCCGGUCGCGGCCGGCUGCGACAGAGCCUGGAUUCGAACCAGGAUCUCUAGUGGCCCAGCUAGCACUGCAAUGCGGCGCCUUAGACCACUGUGCCACUCAGGAGAUCUCUCCAUUGGUAAAGAGAAGCAACGGGUUGGAAAUGAAGACUCCUACUACUUUACCCUAACCUCUUUACAAUGCUGUAUCUAAUACGGGGUACCAACUCUCUUGAAAUAGUCAUUAAUUCAUAAUCACGCUAGCUAAACUUCUUCUGCAUACACAACUUUCCCCCUAGUCAUCCACAUUAAGAUCUGUAGCCGUCUGGCUUCACCCUCUCAUACUCAGACUGUCUGGAAGAGCUGAAGUGUUGCAGUGGGAAUAAAUGUUGGUUUCUCUCCUUACACCACUUAGUCACUGACGGGGACAUUUUGGUGUUGCUGGCUCCAUUCAUACAGCAAACCUUCAUAUCUCUUUAAUUGAAACUCUGUCUCUGUCACUGAGAAACUCUAUGAACUGAAUAUAUCGCUAGUGUCAUAACCUGCCCAAGAAAAUAUACAUUUAAUGAGUUUUAUUAUGUGGCACAGAAAGUAAAUUGAUGCCCACUUCCUCCUUUGUCUACCCCUUCUCAGCCUCCACUCACAUAUACAUAUCUCUCCAUUUCCUCUCUCUCUCUCCUCCCCCCUCUCUCUCUCCUCCCCCCCUCUCUCUCUCCUCCCCCCUCUCUCCCCUCCCCCCCCCUCUCUCCCCUCCCCUCCACCCCUCUCUCCCCUCCCCUCCCCCCCUCUAUCUCCCCUCCCCCCCUCUAUCUCCCCUCCCCCCCUCUAUCUCCCCUCCCCCCUCUAUCUCCCCUCCCCCUCCCCCCUCUCCCUCCCCCCUCUCUCUCCCCCCUCUCUCUCCUCCCCCCUCUCUCUCUCCUCCCCCCCUCUCUCUCCUCUCUCUUUCCUCCCCCUCUCUCUCUCCUCUCCUCCUCCCCUCCCCCUCUCUUCUCUUUCCUUCCCCUCUCUCUCUUUCCUUCCCCUCUCUCUCCUCCCUCUAACCCUCUUCCCCCCUCCCUCUCCCCCCCUCGCCCCCCUCCCCUCCCUCUCUCCCUCCUCCCCAACCCUCUCUCUCUCCUCCCCCUCUCUCUUUCGCUCUCAGCCCCCCCCUCUCUCUCCUCCCCCUCUCCCCUCCUCCUCUCUAUCCAGCCCUUCUCUGUGAAGUCCUUGGUUUCUUUUAGUUGUCUCCAGCCCACAGCUUGCCUUGAAUGCUGAUGCGAGCGCUAAUAAUAAUAUUGGUUUAGACUGCAGAUGUUGGGCUGCUCUUUGUCUCUGCAGUGUGUCAUGUCUGCAGAUUCACCUUGUGAAAUAAACUUUCUGUCUUUCUCUGCCUCCCUCUACCCCUCGCCCACUUUCUCUCCGCCCCUCCCUCCCUCUGUCUCUGAGAUGCUCUGAGUGCAAAGAGUUCUUCUCACAAGACACACGAGCUGUAAAACAACAACAUUAGCACAUACUUUACUGAGGAGAAAAAUAUGGUUCCUCUUUGGUUUUCAACCUGUGUGUGUGUGCAGCGCUCGUAUGUGCGGCGGUUGUUUGUGUGCCCUCGAAUUGGUGCGUCUGUGUCGCACCUCUAGCCUUGGCUCCAAAUCGCCAUGGUAGACAGACGGAGCUACGGUGAGUUACAUAACCAACACUCGUUUUUUCAUCCCUCUCUUUUUCCCACUUCGUGGCUUCGCCUCUCCUCCAGUGGAACGGAAGGAGUGACUGGGAGGGGGUCGUGAAUAUCGCCCUUAUUUGUUUGGGAGACAGGUGGCGGUGCGUCAGCCGUGUAAAUCAUAUUGACAUUGGGAGACGUUCAUCUAGUUUACUCUCAUAGCUCAGCUCUGACCUUUAUGAAGACUUGUGCCGUCUGUGUGUGUGUGUGUGUGUGUGCAUUGCAGGCAGCACCUUUCUGGCAGAGGCCAUGGCUACACCACUCCUCCAAAAAAGGCGUGGGAGGUGGAAUGAGUGUGUAGGUAGCCUGGUCCCAGAUCUGUUUGUGCUGCCUUGGCAACUCCUGUUUAGCAGUGACAUUGACCAUAGGUGUUGGCAAGACAGCACAAACAGAUCUGGGACCAGGCUAGGAUAACUCUACUUAACCAGCCUCAACACUGAAGUCACUAUGUGAUGUGGUGCUCACUGCUCAAUACCUAGAAUAGUACCUAAUUAGUACAUCUGUUAUGCUGUUGCCUAAAAAAAUGCAUUAUUAUAUUAUACACAAGUUCAACUCCAACUCUCUACAUCAGACACUAUUUAGUGAUGAUUUAUCAUCUCUGCCAACUUCAGUGUCUCAUCUCAUUUCCCCCCAAAUUCACUAUCCGGAUCUCCCUGUGGCAAAGUCAUUUCCAGACCUGCAAUUUUGCCUCUUCCUCAUCUUCCUCCCCCAUCCCUCUCUCUUGGAGGACAGCUGUGGAUCAUAGAACAGGGUUUCCUGUCCACCCAGAUUGAAGGCGGAGUUGUUUGUUGGUGCUUACCAGCUCCACACCACUCCUCCAGUAAUCAGUGAUGUGGAAAGUCUGUCCUCUCAGCCCAGAAAGAGGAGCAGUAGAAAGUCUGUCCACCCUCCCCAGUCCCCCCUCCCUCCCUCCAACCCACACAGAGCUCCCUCCGUCCGUCCCCCAUUAGGCCCAUUGGCAGACCCACAGACCCAACCAGGCCUGGAGGCUGUGGGGUGGAAUUCCUUUCCUGCCAUACAGUAAUGGGAACCAGCAGUGCAGGUCUGUGGUACAGUGACUCUGCCCUCAUAUCCACACGACUAUAAAACUAGUGGGAGCUGAACUGGUGACCAGAGGGCUGCUAGUGUCUGAUCCCAGGUAUCAUCUCCUGCCCUGCUGUUGUGCCCUUGAGCAAGGCACUUAACGCCUAAGCUGCUCUUGAUCCAGGGGCACUGCUCUGCUCUCGAUCCAAGGGCACUGCUCUGUGGCUUACCCUGUGCUUCUCAACGUGUGUGUGUUUAUUUGUGGGGGAUUGAGAUAGGCAGUUUGACAAAUUUAAGUUUUUCACAAAAUGGACACAGCGUAAUUAUUAUAUUAUAUUGUAGGUUUAUUUUUUAAGUAUGCUUCCACUGAAAAGCUGGUUAGCUUCAUACAUACACUGAGUGUACAAAAUAUUAGGAACACCUUCCCAAUAUUGAGUUGCACCCCCCUUUUGCCCUCAGAACAGCCUCAACCCGUCGCGGCAUGGACUACAAGGUGUCGAAAGCGUUCCACAGGGAUGCUGGCCCAUGUUGACUCCAAUGCUUCCCACAGUUGUGUCAAGUUGGCUGGAUGGCCUUUGGGUGGUGGGUAGUUCUUGAUACACAUGGGAAACUGUUGAGCGUGAACCCAGCAGCGUCUCAAUUUGACACGCUCAAACCGGUGCACCUGGCACCUACUACCAUACCCUGUUCAAAGGCACUUCAAUAUUUUGUCUUGCCCAUUCACCCUCUGAAUGGCACACAUGCACAAUCCGUGUCUCAACUGUCUCAAGGCUUAAAAAUCCUUCUUUAACCUGUCUCCUCCCAUUCAUCUACACUGAUUUGAAGUGGAUUUAACAAGUGACAUCAAUAAGGGAUCAUAGCUUUCACCUGGAUUCACCUGGUCAGUCUGUCAUGGAAAGAGCAGGUGUUGCUAAUGUUUUGUACGUUCAGUGUAUGUAAUCGUACUUCAAUAGGGAACUCAUUUUAUAGAUGAUGGAAAACAAUCAAAAAAACUACCGACGUGUAAUUCGAGGCUCUGUGAUAUUUUGGUUAGCGAGACACAAAAAAAUAAUUUUCCUCUGUCUGGCUUAGUUGUUUUAGGAUAAAUCCAUUUUCCACUCUGUUCAUUUGACAGGUUUCUAGGGCAACCAUGUUGCAUUCAGUGAAUACUUUCACAACCAUUUAUCCUGUAAUCAUUUCAGUAUCUAUUUACUUGACAGGUCUUCUCCAGAUCUUCAUAAUUGCUAUUUCAUUUAUAGCCUUCGCUUGUGUAGUAAAGUAACGACUUUUAUGACUACAUAUGAGUAUUUCGAUUUGAGUGUCUGAUUGAAUUUGUUUGUUUUUGCCUGUUUGAGUGUGCAUUCCUGUGUGUGUGUGUGUGAAGGUAUGUGUGUUUUGUGAGUGAGCGUACCCUCAUGUGUACACACUAACACGCUAUCGUGUGUGUUUGCCUGUAUACUGUGUGUGUGGAGAGAGAGAGACACUUACACAUCCACUCUGCCCCUUUGCCCCAUCCAUCCCCCUACCUUAGCAGUAAAGAGUUUCUCAGCACCUACCUGCAGGUGGGUAAAGUGACAGUGCUCCUAUUCUACUGUUGGCCCAGGCAGAGCAUCAGGCACCAGAGGCAGACGGUGUGCUCUGCUGUGCUGUGUGGACGGACGGAGACUGAGGUUAAUGAGUGGAUUUGCUGCACUGCAGCGCUCCGUCCCCCCAUGCUGAUGUGGAGCAGCUGAGACACCAGUGGCCCCUCUGUCUACACACACACACACACACACACACACACACGUACACACACACGUGCACACACACACACACACACACUCUCCCUGCAGAGCUAUAAAUCACCCACACCAUCCGGCAUCUACAUCCACUGCACUGACUGAACCUGACUAGACCCUGAUGGAGGUAGGGAGAGGUUGGAGGAGGAGGAGGGGGGGAUGGAUAGAGGGAGGAGAUAGGCCAUGUCUAGACUAGACACUUAAUGCAGUUUUUGUAUUCUGAUCAUGGUGUUCUGAUCAUGGAAUUCCGAGCACAUCAUGCGUCUACACCUACAUUUAAAUGUGUCCACCGUGUCCGGAUUCCAUUUUCCUGUGCUAUAUUGAAAUGCCAGUAUGCAUUCUGCAAACCUUGGAAUAGGCAAAAUAUGAAUACACAACAACAACUUGAUGGCAGUAGCUAACUACUGUAGCUAACUAGCCAGUUAACGUAUGUAGCUAGCCAGCAAAGCUAAAUGGAUUGCAAACAGGUUAGAAUAACUUUAGCCAAACAGAAAAUCGUUUUUCAAAAUGUUAGCUAGCUGGCUAGCAUUUGAGGACAGCAAACACGUUCCUCACGCUAGGAACGUAUUUCCUCCAACUUUAUAAUGAAAGGGUGACUCUCGGUCCCAAAACACACUUUUUCUGGAGACUUGUGGGAGGAGUGCUGAGGAUUUUGCCCACUGUAUGCGCCUUCGGUAGCCUGAUUGCGUCCAGACUGAGGAGAAAUCUGCACACAAUGCAUCCCUGACCACUUCCUGAAGUGGUCAGCCAGAUCUGAAUACAAUCAGACCACAGAGACUUUUGUGCAUCUAGACCCAUCUUUUCAAUGCGAUCUUCGUAUUCUGAUAGCAGAAGUGUCAUGUAAAUGUCAAGUGUAGACAUGGCCAGAGAUAGGUAGGGACUGUGUGCCCUCAUAUACCUCCACUAACCCAGCGUCCGUUGUCCCAUCCGACCAGUAACCCCCACCCCCUCGCUGCCGCCAACGUCCCCGCAAACCCCUGCCCCCCCGGGUCCUCCCCAGCUGCUCCCUCUAAUUGCCUUUAUUAGUGUCUCUAUGGGAGCAGCGGCUAGAAGCAAUUUACUCAUUACACUGUAUUAGCAUGGGCCUCGGGCAGGGAGGGAGGCUUGACUCUGGCUGUCCCUCUCAGCCCCACUGUGCCUUGGCUGGCCCUGCUCCGUCUCUGGAGGUUAAAGUAGGACGAGACUUGACGCAGAGAGCAGAAAAGAGCACAGACACAUACUCUCUGCCCCCUCCAUGCCCCUACCUUAGCAGUGAAGAUGCAAUGGCACAAGACGACGUCUUUGCUAGGACUGUUUUAAUAGGAUUGGUAUGGCUGUUGUUUUAGAGUGGAUGGUCAUGUCUAUAAGGUGUUGCCUCUUAUAUCUGUUUAGUGCACAGAUGUUAUUAUGGGCUGUUGUGACCUCCAGGAAGUUUAUAGAGGACAGUUGAAUUCGAGGGGAAAUAUAGAUUUUACUUUUAAGGGAAUUGAUUUCCCUCCAGUUACAGUGUGUUGAGGCUAAAGGACCUCUAGUAAUGGUUCUCCAGAACAUUCUCAAACUUUCUAAGUUGGUGAUACUGCUUGAUUUAGUGUUUGUCCUGAGAACAGUGGAAGUUGUUCCUAUGGGAAAAAAUAUCAUUUAUGAUUUGGAUGUUCCAAAAAAAUUCUAAAGAAGCAUGGGUCAAUGGCAUGUACUUUGUUAUUUUAUACCAUUGGACUAAUCCAUACAUCAAAUAUCAGUCAAAUAAGUGUUUAAAAUGUAGAACAUUGAUUUUCAAAAAUAUUCAAACAAUGCGUCAUAAUAAAGUGAGGACAGCUGUGAACUUCCCCAGAUUUGAAUAAUUAUUCACCUGCUCUCUCAAUGUUUUAUUCAUAGGGGGUUGUGCCGUUCAUCAGUCGCUCUCGGUCCCGCUCUCUCACUCGGUUCCUCUCUCUAUCUGUCUAAAUUUGCUCUCCCCAGCAUUCUGCAAUCACCAUGUGAAGGCUGUCGUUGAAUUGUCCUGAGAAUGGUGUAGUAGACAGACAGGGGGGUCAAGGGCAUUAUCAAAGAAACAACCACAGCGUUUAUUCAGCCCCAAUAUGAGACCAAUGGUUUUUAGAUGAUCUGAUGAAUCGUCAAUUGUGAUUGUUUUUUUUCUUAAUGAUUAUAUUUAUUUUGAAGCUGAUUUGUUUUUUUUAAGUGAUGAACAUUGACUCUGUAUCCUGCUGUUCUUCACAAAGGGUCAAAAUGGCUCUGCUUUUUAAGCACUCAACUGAUUUGUCCUCUAUCAUUUAUCUCACAUAAAUAAGCAAACUUGUGUAGGAUUUUCUAAAUAAUGUGCCCUUCACCACAAAAUUAUUGUUUUAAAAGUCAAAAACUGUGCAAACGAAGGUAAUGAGAACAGAACCUGUGAGUUGCUGUAAGCCUUGCCAAGGCUGUGUAGACUCUGGAGGUGGAAUACUAAUUGGCUGUGUGUGAAAGUAGCUGCUCAUCUUUUAAAGUGUGGCUCUCUUCCCAGCCUCUACUCUACUCUCCGCUCCGCCACACACUAAUGUCCCUUGCUUAAAUCCCCUCUGGCUUUCCCCCACAGCUCAAGGGCACUAGCCAUUAAAACCUCAGACUCUACCUCUCAUUCCCGACAAUUGCUAAUGAUGUCAAUGUAAAUUAUAGCAGAAGUUUUGAGAUAUCUGUGUAUGCUAAAUGUUUUUUUUUUUUUUUCUUGGCAGGGACAGGGAAUGAAGCAUGUUUAACUUGACCAACUUGAAGUAGAAUGAAAGGUUGUUUGUAUGCGUUUGAGAAGGGAAUGAACUUUUCAACUUUUAACAAUGGCUGUCACCUAGACCUUCACACUGCAGUAAAAUACAGAAGGGAGGACAUAACCAUUCAGUUAUCCUCAGCAACAAUCUGUGUUGAGUACAUAGGGUUCACACAGGCCAGGGAAGAGAACAAGACAAACAACUGGGUGGAUGCAGUGGUCACUGACAUUGUGUUGGCAGACCACUGUCUGGUGUCAUUAAGAUGCUACUGUAGAUAUUUGGUGUCUGGUUAUAGACGUUUGUUUGACCCUCUGUUCCCUCUGUUUGACUGCAGGGCCUGCAUCGCUGUAGCAGCCUCGUGGCUCAACUCUGGAGCCCUGACCAAAGUCGGUUCUGAUGGGGACAAGACAGAGGACGGGUAAGCUGCUGCUGCUGCUACUAGUACUGCACGUUCACACACACACACACACACACACACACACACACACACACACACACACACACACAGGUAUUUGAAUAUACUCCGUGGGCACUCUGUAGACAUGUAGCCCAUUACUGUUAUCCAUAGCUGUGCUACCUACCAGACAAAAUGAUCAAUUCAAGCUUUCAUAUGAUGCUGAGGAAAUUGCACAUAGCCAAGUCAUUAUAAGGGCAAUCCAUUAUAAUGUUAUUUCAUAUAUACAAAAGGCCUGUAUUCCUCCAGAUGCAGUCCUGUAAGAAUACCCUCUAUUCAAAAGAACAAAUGCAGGUGAAGAUUGUUGCCGUGACAACUCGGCACACACACAACUUUUUCAGUUUGAAUAGAUAUUAUGUUUUGGUCUCCAGCGCUCUCCAAUGUUGUUGCAGAGUGUAGGUAUAUGAAAUAUUUUUCAGGGUAUGAGGUAUUGAAGGCUACGUUUUCUACAUAGUAAUGCCUGCUGCCAGUUGAGAACUAUUUGCAAAGGGGGCAAAAACCACGGCCGAAUAAACACAUUGUUUUAUCAAGGCCAGAAAAGCACCUUGUUCUCUAACCUUUGCUGGGGCUAUGCAUGCAUAUAGUUUCUUUGACAACCCUUUAACCUCACAUUCACUUUAUGAAUGUAGCCUCAGUGUCUAGGUCUAUAACCACUAUGGGUAGAACUUUGCAUAUAACCGUGCCAGGUGAGGAAAUCUCUGGAAUUCCAUACGGCUGUUCUGUUUGUGUAGAAACCUGCUUUAGAAUUCCCCCACUCUAACUAUCUCAGUAGAACCAUAAUGGUUGUCUGUCGCUGUGGCCUGAUGCAUGUCUGCAGUCUGAGAUACAUCCACACCGACCCUGUAUAUCUGAGAGAUGGGAGAGAGGGAGACUGUGAUGUGUGUGUACUCGUUCGUGUGUGACUCGCUCACCAAGGUUCAGAUAGCAGCCAGACAACAGUCCUCUUGGUUUGCGCUAGCCCCUGAGAUACCCAUAGUCCUUUUGCUCAUUCGCUCCCUGCUGUUUCAGUACUGAUCACCUAGCCCAGACUGAACCGUGGAGUAAUCCUCUGAUCCCUCUCUCUCUUCCAAAGCCCCGCCAGCUCACUGAUUGCCUUCAUUUUUCAGUGUCACCGGUGGUGGAGGCAAGAAAGCCAUGGCGGUGUACCCGUGCGAGGCCGAGCACGACUCGGAGUUAUCCUUCCAGGUCGGAGCAAUAUUCAGCGCUGGUAAGUGUUAUCGCGCCGACAACGGUCGCUCGCUCCGAAAUCUCAACGAACCGCCGGGCAUAUUGGAUUCCGGGAGGAAACCGGUAACAGGACAGCCCAAUCUGAUCUUGAAUCAGACUGGGGAGAUGGAGGGAGCGACGGAUGGAAGGGAGAGGGGAGGAGAGGGAGAGAGAGAGAGAUUUAAUUUGUUUUGUUUUGUGCAAUGCCCCUCAUUUUGAAGUCACACAAACAACUUCUAGAAUGGCAGAUUCAGACUGAAUGUAUGUAGCGAUCAACAGAGCAGAGGAAUUAAAUUCAGGGUGAGUCGUCAGGCAAGCGGGACACUACUAAUAAAAUGCAUCUAAAUGAAAAAUAUGAUCUGGUAUGGGGUUAUUUUCCCUUUGACUUUAACUGAGGGGUUUGAGAUUGUAACCCACUCAGACGGACAAUAUAAAAUGUACGCCCUCGAGCCAAAAAUAUUUGGAAAAUAUGAUUCACUGUCUCGUAUUGAGAAUCCAACAAUCUCAAAGCCACACACUGUCAAUUGGCGAUGCAUGGGUCGACAAAUGAAAGAACCCUUGCCUAAAGAAGUGUUAUAAGGGCAAAUAUGGCCAGUCUCUUGACUAGAGGCCUAUAUUGGCUUGCACAUAUCUAACCAAACAUGGUCUAAACAUAUUUUAUCAAUAAUACAGCUUAAUAAUGGCACAGCUUGAUUUAAUAUCAUCUUGGGUUUUCCAUCUCAUAAGAAAUCUUAUCACAUUAAAUAAUAUACACCACAAGCAAGAGAGCCAAAUAUCACAUAUCGUAUAAAGUAAUUUUAGAGAGAUGGGUUAUAAAAUACCUGCUUAGCUAAGACUACAGUUAUGCAUCAACAUAUCUCAGCCCAUUUCACUUUAAUCAAAUAUACAGAGUUUGGGUAGGAAUGCAUUGGCGCUGUAUUUUGCUGCCAAUUUACCUCCCUGACUGACUAACCAUCAUCUCAUAUUCAGUCUGAAGAUGGUCCGGCACCAUGGGAAAACAAACCUAAAAACGUUUUAAAACAUUUUGCAAUGCAAAAUGAAAAUGGGGAAUUCUGAUUGGAGAAGUCCCUCACUGUUUCAGUCCGUUUUCAUCGAUUUGGUGCCUAAUUAACAUGUCCCUGUUCUCUGAAAAGCAUCUCUGUGCCAAAUACGUUUUAUACAGCCUACGAUGCUACCCUCUUGAGUCAUUCUCCAGUAAAUGGGGUACACUACCUGAACGGAUAAAAUGAAGAUGGCACAUGAGGACAUUUCCCAUCACUUUCCAUAUUUCAUUAGUAUUUCCAGAGUAUUUCCACCACAAUUUCACAUUGUUUACAGAGAUGAUGGUUGUGUUUAUAUACUGUUUCUAUGCCAACUAUAAAAUGUCAACUGUAAAGCUCUGAGCAAAACUUUCUCUCACUGACCUAGCAUCUGUGUUUUCGAACACUAAUGAAAUGUGGUGUGUUUACUCCUCUCUCACCCUGUCCCCUGGUACCUUCUGUUCCCAUCUGCAGUGGCACCUUCCAGGGAACCUGGCUGGCUGGAAGGAGAGCUGGAGGGGAAGAGAGGCCUCAUCCCUGAAAACUAUGUGGAGAUGCUGUAG